GGGAGACGCCCGGGACGCCUCAUUCUUCGCUCGCAACUCGUAUUCGACCGACGUCUUAAUGAUUUCGGGGAUGAUGACUUGAAUCCAGCUUUCAGGAGCCAAACGCAGGCCCAAUCGACGAACAGACUCAAAUCCAAUUGAUUUUUACUCAUCUCGCUCUAUCGUGUGGUGAUUUAACGUUUAUUAUUUGUGCUCUAUUUCUUAGUGUUAUUAUUUUAUUUAUUCUUUAAUCGACUUUUUAAAUCGAUCUGUGUGAAAUAUUUGUGGUGACGAAAUGAAUCGACAACAGCAGCAACAAUCGCAGCAGCAAUCGCAGCAGCAAACGUCUCAGCAACAGCAGACAUCCACCCAGCAACAACAGCAACGGGUGACCAGAACUGAGCAACAUGUCACCCGGCAGGUUACUGGGCACAUGACAGUGCAAGGUGGUCAGCUGACUCAGGAACAGAUCCAGCAAAUUCCGGGUUUCGGACCCAACGCUUCACCUCCAGUGUUCGACAAGGUAUUCAGCAAUGCCCGUUUCGCACAAGGAGGUGUUGCAUCUUUCGAAGGCCGAAUCACCGGAAAACCUCAACCCACCGUUUCCUGGACGAGAAAGGGCGCACCACUUCUCAGUUCCCAGAAACAUCGACUUUCAUAUAACGAAACGACUGGAGAUGUCACUCUCCAGAUAAAUCAAAUUGGUCCUGGAGACGAAGGCGAAUACGUAUGCACCGCCACCAACCAAUAUGGAGAGGCAGUGUGCUCCGUAUACAUUUCCCCAGAGGGAAUGCAGAUGCCUCAACGGUUUUCUCAAAACCAAUUUGAACAAACGACUUCCUAUUCAAACGGCACUGUAAUUACCGAAGACUUCAAAAUCGAUACAUUCGAAUACAGAUUACUUAGAGAAGUAUCCUUCCGUGAAACAAUCACGAAGCGUUCCACUUACGAGAAAGAUUCCGAAAUAUCAACCACCGUGGAAAGAUCUCUCGGCCCAGCGGCCCCACCACAGAUAUCUCAAAAACCACGAAACUCCAAGUUACUUGAAGGCUCUGAUGCGGUGUUCACAUCGAAAAUAUCCGCCAACCCCAGACCAAGAAUCACUUGGUUCAAGAAUGGGCAGAGAAUCGUGGAAAGCCAAAAGUAUGAGAGUAUCUUGCAGAACAACCAAGCUUCGUUGAGAGUGAAGCAAGUGGGACAGGAGGACUCCGGCCACUAUACCAUGCUGGCCGAGAAUCCACAAGGAUGCGUCGUAUCAUCAGCAUAUCUAGCUAUUGAACCCGUUUCCACUCAAGAAGGUCUCAUCCAUGAAUCGACCUUUAAAUCUCAGCAAACCGAAGUGGAAACCACCGACACUGCCAAAACUCUUGCACCCAACUUUGUUAGGGUCUGCGGUGAUCGGGAUGUAACUGAAGGAAAGAUGACCAGAUUUGACUGCAGAGUCACCGGUCGUCCUUAUCCAGAAGUAGCAUGGUUUAUUAACGGAAAGCAAGUGGUAGAUGACCACAACCAUAAAAUCCUGGUCAACGAAUCUGGUAACCAUGCGCUGAUGAUCACUACCGUAAGCAGGAACGACUCAGGAGUAGUUACCUGUGUUGCCAAAAAUAAAACCGGGGAAACUUCGUUCCAGUGCAAUUUGAAUGUUAUAGAAAAAGAGCAAGUAGUCGCGCCCAAAUUUGUCGAAAGAUUCACCACCGUUAAUGUUCGCGAAGGCGAGCCGGUCCUUCUAAAUGCAAGAGCCGUUGGAACACCAACACCUAGAAUCUCAUGGCAGAAAGAUGGAGUGCCACUUUACGAUAGUCCAGAUGUGCGUGUUGCCAUCGAUGGAGGCGCUACCACUUUAGAUAUACCCAGAGCAAAGGCACCCGACGCUGGUUGGUACCAAUGCACUGCUCAAAAUGUAGCUGGAUCCACUGCCACGAGAGCUCGUCUCUUCGUCCAAACUCCACAAGGACCGACGCCUGAACCAAGACGCCUGCAUCUACCAAGACCGACGAAAGUCAUCGAACCUGAACCCGAACCUGGCCCGGAGAUAAUUUACCUUCGUCAUGUGGAGAGAGCUCGCCCACAUGCACCUCCUGGAGAUGAGGAUCGCAUUUAUCCCCCUCCACGCUUCAUUAUUCCACUGCAAGACUCCAUUCAAUUUGAAGGUGGAAAAGUGCACUUCGAGGCUAGGAUAGAACCAGUCGGUGAUCCAACUAUGAUCGUCGAAUGGUUCUUAAAUGGAAGACUUAUGGCAGCUAGUUCUAGGGCUACCUCAAUUUUCCGCUUUGGCUUCAUUGCCCUUGAUCUCAUCUCUUUGAUCGAAGAGGACGCUGGCGAAUAUGUAUGCCGCGUCACUAGUUCUACAGGACAAGCAGAGUCGCGAGCUAUUCUGCAAAUCAGACGUAGAGAAUCGAUUGAAAAAAGUAGCCAACAUCCGGAUAGUUUGCAACAUAUUCAGCAACUGGAGGAUUAUUCCAGAUAUCAACGACAAGAAAGCUUGGAAGAAACUACGAACCAAAAACCUCACUUUAUCCGCCCACUUCAAGAUCUAGGGGAGCUUCAGGAAGGUAGAAAUGCCCACUUUGAGGCCCAAUUGACCCCCGUCAGCGACCCCACAAUGAAAGUGGAGUGGUACAAAGAUGGUCGACCAAUUACCGCCAGUUCCAGGAUCACCACCAUCUUCAACUUCGGUUACGUGUCUCUCAAUAUUAUGCACCUACGUGCCGAAGAUGCAGGAUCCUACACUGUGCGUGCUGUUAACCACUUAGGAGAAGCUAUUAGCACCGCAACGGUUCAAGUAUUCAGUAAAUCGACUGUUACUGGAGACCUUGGAAUACCUGAACAGCAACGCUACAUCGAAAAGGUCCAAGAACUUGAAGCCUGGAGACAACAGGAUCAACAAAAAUAUGUCGUUGAAACGCCCGAAAGCUUGGCACCUCCAGAAUUCAAAACUCCCAUUAAAGACCAACUGGGAAUUCGCGAGGGUGGCUAUGCACACUUUGAAGCCCGCUUGGAACCAGUUGGUGAUGCAACAAUGAGAGUGGAAUGGCUAAAAGACGGUAGUCCAGUCGAAGCCAGUUCGAGAACCACCAGUUUCUUCAACUUUGGCUAUGUUGCCCUUACAAUUAAAGACGUAACUAUCCACGAUGUUGGACAUUACACUUGUCGCGCUUAUAACGCUCUUGGACAAGCUACUACAACCGCUCAAUUGAGCGUCGUGAGCAAGAAAGACAUUAUCUUCGAUUCUCAACAUCCUGGCGGUCUGGAGAAGAUCCAACACUUAGAGGAUUCCAGUCGCUAUUCAAGAAAAGAACAAGAAGAAGUACAAGUUACACAAAAACCGCGGUUUUUGGGACCACUUAAAGGAACUAAUAAAAUCGUUGAAGGACAACGCGCUCAUUUCGAAGCUCGCGUUGAGCCUCAAAGUGACAUGACUUUGAGGAUUGAAUGGUAUUUUAAUGGAAAACCCAUUCAACCUGCAAACCGAAUCCAAACAUACCACGAUUUUGGGUAUGUCGCCCUUGAUAUCCUCAGUGUCAGAGAGGAAGAUGCUGGCACUUAUACUGUUGUUGCUAGAAAUGCUUUAGGUGAAGCUCAAGUCUCUGCUAGUAUGGUGGUUGAAACUCGUGCUAGCAUCGACACUAGAAGCAUGCACAAAGGAGCCUAUGACAAAACUCAACAUCUAGAACAGUCGAAAUUCGUUGAGCCCCAGUAUCAGAUUGAAGAAAUCUCAAAAUCGAAGCCCAUUUUUGUCGUGCCGCUUUCAGAUCCUCAACCCUGCCAAGAAGGCCGCAAUAUUCACCUUGAGUGCAGGUUGGAACCAAUGGGAGAUCCCACCAUGAGAGUGGAAUGGUUCUGCAAUGGUCGGCCUGUUAUAGUCGGUUCCAGAUUGAGAACUUAUAAUGACUUUGGCUUUGUCGCAUUGGACAUUCUCCAAACCACAGCUCAGGAUUCAGGUGAAUACACAGUUCGCGCUGUGAACCACUUGGGAUCAGCACACACUUCAGCAUGUGUAAGAGUAAUAGCCAGCUCAGACAUCAUUACUGACACUCAACAUGAGCAAUCGUUGGAACAAAUCCAGAUGCUAGAAGAUGCAUCACGCUACCGAAAACACGUUCAAGAGGAUGUAACAGUGCUUCAGGCCCCCCAAUUUACUAGACCUUUGCACAACAUUGAAACAGUGGAAGGAACAAACAUUCACAUGGAAUGCCGUCUGCAACCCGUGGGCGAUUCAUCCAUGAGAGUCGAAUGGUUCUGUAACGGGUUCCCAGUGAAAACUGGCCACCGUUUCAGACCUGCCUAUGAUUUUGACUAUGUAGCCCUGGACUUACUCAGCGUCUACCCGGUUGACUCUGGCAUAUACACGUGCCAGGCCAGGAACCAACUAGGCGAAGCCGUGACUUCCUGCAGUGUUAAAGUAAUUGCCAAAAAAGACUUGCUUUUCGAUAGUCAACAUCCAGCCGGAUUGGAAAAGAUCCAACACCUGGAGGAUUCAUCGCGUUACAAGCGUACUGAAUUCGUCGAUGAACAAGUGACAGUCAAACCCAGAUUUGUGACAAAACCAAAAAGUCUUGAAAACAUGAAUGAAGGCCAGCAUGCCCACUUUGAAUGCAAAAUCGAGCCUGUAACCGACACGAACCUCAAAGUUGAGUGGUUCAAAAACGGCAGACCUGUGACCGUUGGACAUCGAUUCCGUCCAAUUCACGACUUCGGCUAUGUGGCUUUAGACAUUAUCGACCUGAUCGCUGAAGAUUCUGGAACCUACACCUGCCGAGCCACUAAUUUGAUUGGCUCAGAUGAAACAAACUGCUCUCUGAGAUGUAGACAAUCCGGCCAAAUUAUUACGAGCACUGUGAAUGAAACAGGCUUGCAGCAAAUUCAACAUCUCGAGGACAGAUCUCGAUACCAAAGACGGGAAGAUGUGGAGGAAAUCACCACUCAAGCUCCAAUGUUCACAACAUCUUUGAAGAACAUUGACAUCAAAGAAGGCCAAAGAGCCCACUUCGAAUGUCGCUUGAUUCCUGUAUCUGAUGCAACAAUGAAGGUUGAGUGGUUCCACAAUGGACAACCACUUAAAUCUGGCUCCAGAUUCACCGAAACGAACAGCUUCGGAUUUGUUGCACUCGACAUUCUUUACACUUAUCCAGAAGAUGCUGGAACGUACACCUGCAGAGCUACCAACGCUUUGGGCGAAGCUGUUACAUCAGCAAUUUGUAAUGUGCAAUCGAAGAAAUCGCUUUAUCUGGAAUCAGUACAUGAAGGCGCUUUACAACGCCUCACUGAGCUUGAAGAUUCUUCCCGUUACCAACGCAAAGAGGUUCAUGAGGAAACCAUUAGCCAAGCGCCAGUAUUCACUGUGCCACUCAAAGAUCUGCGAACAGCCGAAAAUCAAGCGGCCCACUUUGAGGCAAGGCUAAUUCCAGUUGGAGAUUCCAGACUAAAAGUUGAAUGGUUGAGGAAUGGUGUGGCAAUUCAAGCGUCCAACCGUAUAACAACCAUGCACGACUUCGGCUACGUAGCCCUCAAUAUGAAAUAUGUAAAUCCAGAAGAUUCUGGAACUUAUACCUGCCGUGCCGUUAAUGAUCUGGGAGAAGCUAUUACAUCAGCAGUACUUGAUGUGAAAUCCAAAGCUUCUCUGCAGUUGGAAUCCCAGCAUGAAGGUGCCCUACAAAAACUUCGCCAGCUUGAGGAUUCAAGCCGCUAUCAACGCCGCGAAGAACAAGAAGUUCAAGUUACCCAAGCCCCAUUCUUCUCUACCCAACUUAACGGCCCUACUGAAAUCAUUGAGGGUCAAAGCGCACACUACGAGUGCCGCAUUGAACCCUAUCCAGACUCCAAUCUUAAAGUUGAGUGGUUCCACAAUGGUAAACCCUUAGCUACUGGACACAGGUUCAGAAACGCCUAUGACUUUGGCUUUGCAAGUCUUGACAUUCUCACCGCCUACGCCGAAGACUCUGGUACAUACACAUGCAAAGCUACCAAUUUAAUUGGACAAGCUCAGUCAUCUGUACAAACUUCAGUCAGAUCCAAAGCCUCAAUCAUUCGCGACACCCAGCAUGAAGGUGCUUUAGAAAAGAUCCACUACCUAGAAGAUGAAUCAAAGUACAGAAAAGUAACUCGCGAUGAGGCUGUCAUUCUUGAAAAACCACAAUUUGGAAGAGGCCUGAAAACAAUCGAAAACCUACCAGAAGGUCAAAGUGCCCAUUUGGAAGCAACCCUCACGCCGGUAAAUGAUCCUACAAUGAGAGUUGAAUGGUUCUGCAACGGAAGACCGAUCCAGACCGGCCAUCGGUUCAAAACGACUUACGACUUUGGAUUUGUUGCUUUGGAUAUUUUGUAUGCUUACGCUGAAGACUCCGGAACCUACAUGUGCAGAGCAAGAAAUGCUGUCGGUGAAGCAGUGACAACUGCUGCAGUUUCAGUAGUAAAGAGCAAAAACCUCUACUUGGAAACUAUGGAUGAGCAGAGGCUGAAGAAGCUCAAAGAACUUGAGACAUACGAAAGACCCAAGAGGGAAGAAGUAGAGCCAUUGCCACAAAAACCGGUAUUCUUGACCCCACUCAUUAGCUUGGAUAACUUGCAAGAAGGUCAACACGCUCACUUGGAGACACGCGUCGAGCCAAUCAAUGACGCCAACCUUAAGAUCGAAUGGUUCGUCAAUGGAGUUAAACUGAAAACUGGACACAGGUUCAGAACUACCCAUGACUUUGGCUAUGUUGCUCUAGACAUUUUAUAUGCCUAUGCUGAAGACAGCGGCACUUACAUGUGCAAAGCCACUAAUCUAGUUGGUGAAGCUGUUAAUACUUGCACCAUUAAAGUAGGAGGUGGACGAGGCAUCUUGCUUGAUACUCAGCACCCCGAAGGUCUGCAAAAGAUCAGAGAAUUGGAGGCCCAAGGCCAUCCUACCAGACUGGAAGUGGAAGAACCCGUUCCAACUGCUCCUAGAUUCAUUACUGAACUUCGUGGUACAACUGAAAUUUAUGAAGGCCAAACCGCUCACUUUGAGGCCCAAGUUGAGCCUAUUCAUGACUCCAGCUUGAGGAUUGAAUUCUACCACAAUGGCAAGCCCUUGCCCCAUGGAAACAGAUUCCACAUUACCUUCGAUUUUGGAUACAUCGCUCUGGACAUUACUCAUGCUGUACCAGAAGACGCCGGCGAAUACUCCGUUAAGGCCAUAAAUAAUCUAGGCCAAUGCGUAUCUUCAAUCAACCUUCGCGUCAUUUCCAGAGACAACAUAAUAACUGAAUCUCAACGACCGGAAGGUCUGGACAAGAUCAGACAGCUGGAGGCUCACGAGCCAUACCGUCGUCCAGAAGUGGAGGACCAGGUUACAAGACAAAGACCAGUUUUCACUCAACCGCUACAGAACAUUGAUUUCAUCCGCGAAGGUCAAAAGGCCCACUUUGAGGGCCGGCUGAUCCCAGUCGGAGACCCAACUUUGAAGGUGGAAUGGUUCAGAAAUGAAAAACCUUUGGAGGACAGCUCCAGAAUUAGCAAGCUGCAUGACUUUGGCUAUGUGUCUUUGGAUAUACAACAUGUGAGGGCGGAGGAUGAAGGCAUUUACCUCUGCAGAGCUUCGAAUCCUCUUGGGGAAGCCGUUACAACUGCAUCUAUGAAAAUUAGAACCGAAGCCAAUAUCCAAUUAGAUACCCAACAUCCAGAAGCUCAACGCAAAAUUGCUCAAUUAGAGCAACCACUAGCUCCUAGACCAGAAGCUCCCGAAAGAAUAUUCGAAAAGCCUAUUUUCACCCAAUUGCUUACUGGUCCUACAGAACUUUGGGAAGGCCAACAUGCCCACUUCGAAGCUAGAGUUGUUCCUGUUGGAGACGCUAGUUUGAGGUUCGAAUGGUACGUCAAUGGGGUAGAACUUAAACUUGGAUCAAGAUUCAAAGUAACCCAUGACUUUGGAUUUGUGACUUUAGACAUCUUGUCCACUGUGCCUAAUGACUCUGGCGUUUACACUUGCAAAGCUAUUAACAAAUCUGGCGAAGCAGUGUCAUCUAUUUCAAUGAAGGUAAAAUCGCGCUCCAAUAUCAUUGGAGAGCCACUGCAUCCAGAAGCAUGGGAACAAAUCCGCCUGAAGGAAGCUGAAAUGAACAAAGUGCCAGAGAUGUUCGUUGAUACCACUCCUCAGCAACCUCCAGUGUUUACCACUCACUUAAAGAGCUAUGACAAACUGGUAGAAGGACAACAUGUCUACCUGGAAGCCCAAGUUGAGCCCAGAACAGAUCCAAACCUCAGAAUUGAAUGGUUCAAGAAUGGAGUCUCACUUUCCACUGGUACGAGGUUGCGCAGCACAUUUGAUUUUGGCCUGGUAACACUCUCAAUCAAUGGAUUGCGAGGAGAUGAUUCAGCAAUUUACACAUGCAAAGCAACCAACAAGCUUGGCGAAGCCAUAUCAACUUGCUCGUUGAAAAUUGAAGAUAAAGAUUGGCUUUUGGGACAUAGCUUGCAUCCAGAUGCCAUCCCGAAAAUUGAAGAACUGGAGCGGCCACAAGCACCUCGCCCAGGACUUCCCGAGCCCACUUACGAACUGCCUAUGUUUAUAUCCCAUCUUAACAACGUAGAAUGUUUCGAAGGCGAUAGCGUGCACUUUGAAUGCAAUGUUGAGCCAUCCAAAGACCCAACUAUGAAAAUUGAAUGGUUUGUCAACAACAAACCUCUUCCAACUGGAGCGAAAUAUAAAUCUACGUACGAUUUUGGAUUUAUUGCUUUAGAUAUUACCCACUCGUAUGAAGAAGAUUCUGGUGUAUACACUUGUAAGGCCAGCAACAGCAAGGGUUCUGCAACCACCUCUGGAACACUUCGCUGCACUGGAAAGAAGAGUAUUUAUUACGAUACGCAACAUCCACAGGGACAGGCAGGUUUGGAGGCAAUCGACGAAGUCGAUCAAGCAUUCGCAGCUAAAGCUAAACAUCCAGGCUUUGCAGCUGACAAAGAGUUUCCCAAACCGGUAUGGACCGUGCCUCUCAAUCCCGAAUUUACAGUACUCGAAGGAAAACCGUUACAUCUGGAAGGAUCAGUUGAGCCGAAGGAAGAUCCAAAUCUGAAGAUCGAAUGGUUCUUCAAUGGCAAAUCGCUAGAUCACGCCUCAAGAUUCAAACUCACCAGCGACUUUGGAUUCGUCACUCUAGACCUGACUGAUGUGUAUGAAAGAGAUCAAGGUGUUUACACUGCCAAGGCUUCGAACAAAGCUGGUGAAGCCUUUACGUCAACUACAAUUUAUUGCACAACGAAAGCCAAUCUUAUUGAGCGCACCCAACAUCCUAAAGGACAAGAAGGUUUGGAGAAGAUCCAAAAUCUUGAGGACUCGCUGAACAGGCCCGAAAUGCCGUUCCUUGAAGGCGAAGAAGGCCAUGCCCCAGUAUUCACUUCUGAGUUUACCAACCUGACCAACCUAGGAGAAGGAGAAAUUGCUCACUUUGAAGCAGGCUUAACACCAAUUGGUGACCAGACUAUGGUAGUCGAAUGGUUCUACAAUGAGAAAACCAUUGAAGCCUCACAUAGGUUCAGAACUGUACAUGCUUUCGGAAUGGUUGUUCUGGAAGUUUUGGGAGUUAAGACCGAAGAUAGCGGUACUUUUACCUGCAGAGCUACGAACAAAUGGGGUAUGGCUGAACAAAGCGUGACACUUGAAUGCGUUGAAAGGGAAGCUGGCCAGAAACCCAAAUUUACUACCCAUAUUCAGGAUAUUGUCGGACUUAAAGAUGGCCAAUCUGCACACUUUGAGUGCACUCUGAUCCCAAUUAACGAUCCUCAACUUAAGGUUGAAUGGUACCAUAAUGGACAACCCAUAUUGCAUUCAUCGCGUAUCAAGACUGUGUCCGACUUUGGGUUCGUGGUUAUGGACAUUUCGUACAUACAAGAUCAAGAUUCUGGAGAAUACGUGUGCAGAGCUUACAAUAAAUACGGCGAAGACUUUACGCGGGCAACAAUUUCCGCUCAUGGCAAAGGAGGAGUAUUUUCGGAUAGUUUGCAACCGGACUCUCUGGCUAAAAUCAGAGAGCUGGAAAGCUUCCAGGGACAACAAGCCCAAGCACCAACAUCGCCAGUCACUGAACCACCUAAAUUCAUUACCCAAAUUCAAGAUAUCACCAAGCUUGCUGAAGGACAAAGUGCCCACUUCGAAGCACGCCUCACACCAGUUACUGAUCCAGACUUAGUUGUUGAGUGGUAUUACAACGGCAAGAAACUACCCCAUGGGCACAGAUACCGAACCUUCCAUGAUUUCGGAAUCGUCAUUCUCGACAUUCUCUACUGCUAUGAAGAGAACUCUGGAGUCUAUGAAUGCCGCGCUUACAACAAAUAUGGUCAAGACGUAACUAAAGCAACGCUGAAAUGCACAUCCAAGACGAACCUGAUCCUGGACUCGCAACUACCGCGGGGCAUGGAAGGUGGAUUGGAAAAGAUCCAAACGUUGGAGGAUUCUCUAAUCCGUACACGAGAUGAAAAAGAAGAAGUUACCAAAGGACGAGCUCCAGUAUUCACUGUCCCGUUAUCAAACGUUGACAGUUUACGCGAAGGUGAAAAUGUCCACUUUGAAGCCAGACUCAUCCCAACUGACGACCCUAAGCUCAAAGUAGAAUGGUUCUGGAACGGCAAACCUCUUAGGACUGGAUCCAGAUUCCGCACCUUCUGCGACUUUGGCUUUGUCAUCCUGGAAAUUUCCCCAGUAUAUCCAGAAGACUCUGGCGAAUACUCUUGCAGAGCCACAAAUGAAUAUGGCGAAGCUGUUACAACUGCGUCAAUGAAAGUAUCUGGAAAACGCAGCAUUAUUUUGGAGUCGCAACUGCCAAAGGGAAUGGAAGGCACUAUUGAUAAAAUAGCCGAACUUGAAGGUUUGGGUUUGGCACCCUCCCAAGCAACACCUGAAGAUGACACUGGAAAACCACCAGAGUUUAUUACCACACCAUCUGAUUUGAUCUUGGGUGAGAACUCGUUGGCUCACUUUGAAUGCAGGUUGACUCCAAUCAACGAUCCAAGCAUGACAGUCGAAUGGUUCCAUAACGGCAAAGCAUUAUGGGCCGGUUCCAGAAUUAAGACUAUUAACGACUUCGGUUUUGUUAUUUUGGAAGUAGCUGGAAUAUAUCAGCGGGACUCUGGACUGUACACAUGCAAGGCCACCAACAAGCACGGAGAAGCAACUGUAAGCUGCACUUUGCAAGUGAAGGGUAGACAAGGAAUUAUUCUUGAGCCUCAGCUGCCUUCCAACUUCCGUUCAGGCACCCAAAGUAUCCAAAAAUUGGAAGAAGAACUGUACAAAAAGGAAGAAAUUUUGGCGGAAGAAGAACAGCCUAACCCACCAAGAUUCAUCGUGGAGAUCAAGGAUAACAUUGAUGUCCCUGAAGGCAGUCCUGUACAUUUCGACUGCAGAGUAGAGCCAAAGAAUGACUCUUCAAUGAGAAUUGAAUGGUUCUUCAAUGGCAAGCCUUUUGCCACUGGCUCACGUGUACACCAAAUAAAUGACUUCGGUUUUAUUUCUCUGGACAUCGAUUACACCUAUACAAGAGAUGCUGGAGAAUAUAUUUGCAAAGCCACAAACAAAUGGGGCUAUGCCAUUACUAAGGCCAGAGUUACUUCAAAAUCGAAGAGAACAAUUGAUUUUGAAAGCCAGCUGCCAGCAGGCAUGACUGCAGAUAAAUUGAAAGAACUCGAAAAAGGUCCAGUUUCCGUUGCACCCCAAGCAGAUAAAGUGUACGGCCCACCAAAAUUCAUCACUCAUAUUCAAUCUGUUACUGUUGAAGAAUCCGAAUCAGUACGCUUCGAGUGCCGGGUGGAGCCUAAAGACGAUCCCAAGUUGAGAGUUGAGUGGUACAGAAAUGGAAAGCUUUUACCUGCUGGACAUCGCUAUCGAACAGUAUACGAUUUAGGUUUUGUUUCUCUCGAUAUUCUCGAUGUCUAUUCAGAGGAUUCUGGCGAAUAUGUAUGCCGAGCGGUUAACGAUCACGGAGAAGACUUUACCAAAGCACAUAUCACAUGCAAGAAACUACCGAACAUUAUUCUGCAGAACCAAGUUCCAAAGGGCAUGAAGAAAUCAGAGGCCUUAAUGCAGAUGGAGGCUGCAAUCAAGAAAUACACCUCCGAAGUAUAUCUGACUGAAGAUGACCUAUUCGACGUUGAAAAGAAACAGCCUCCGCGUUUUGUUACUCAAAUCUUAGAACAAACUGAUCUGGUAGAGCGGCAGACCACCAAAUUUGAAUGUCAAUUGGCACCUGUUGGCGAUCCCAACAUGAAAGUGGAAUGGUUCCUCAACGGGAAACCUUUACCCCAUAAAAAUAGGUUCACUCCUAUCUACGACUUUGGGUAUGUGGCUAUGAACUUCGGCUGGGUAUACCCGGAAGAUAGCGGCGAGUACCUAUGUAGGGCUACCAAUUUGUACGGCAUGGAUGAAACGAGGGCGGUAAUUCAAGUAGCUGGAAAGCCAGGAAUUAUCUACGAAUCGCAGCUUCCCAAAGGAAUGAAGAGUAUUGAAAAGAUCAGAGAAAUGGAAGCUUCUUGGCUGGUUACUCCUGAAAUCGCUGAAGAAGAAGCGAAACCGAGAUCGGCUCCAGUAUUUAUCAGCAAACCUGAGCCAGUUAUAGUGGAGGAAGGCGAAUGGGCGAGAUUCUGCUGUAGAGUUACUGGACAUCCAAAACCAAGGGUAAUGUGGCUUAUCAACGGACACACUGUAGUAAACGGAUCCCGUUACAAAUUAACAUAUGAUGGUAUGUACCAUAUGGACAUCCCAAAAACCCGGCAGUACGACACUGGAAAGAUCGAAGUUAUUGCCCGAAGUUCUGUGGGCGAAGCCAUUGCGGAAACAGAACUGAAAAUCAUACCAAGACAAGACGAUUACAGAGGCGUGCUUAAGAACUCGCCUAGGCCUUGGUAUGACCUAGAACUAUCUCAAUAUCAAAAAGAGCGUCAAGAAACUGAAUUAGAGAAAGUAUUCGACGAACGCAACAGUACGCUCCGAGAAUCUGGAUUGAACGUCUCAGGAGUUCAUGUCCAAUCGAAAGAAUACUCUGAACCCGAAACUGAAUGGCAAAAGCAUAUCAAGUCGAAGAAGGGAGAAGAGUAUUACACAAAAAUUCAACAACUCGAAAAUGAACAAGUUAGCAAAGAAGUGCGACUUCGUGAAGCCUCCCAUCAAAUUACCAUUCCCGGGGAGAAAAUUGUAAGCAGUUCCUUGGCCAGAGGAAUGGCCCAACAAUAUCAAGACAACUUGGAACAAGUACCUGAAAGGCCCCAACUUCAGUCAAUUCCCAGACUACCCAAGGCAGAACCAGCAAAGAUCACGCCACACAAAGACCAAGUUUCCCUCAGGAAAACCGAUAAAUCCAAAGAAGAAAUGCAAAUCGAAUACGAAAUCGACUCCAAGUCAGGAGCGUAUCCUCCAGGGCCCACAGAAUCUGGAGUACAUGGACGAGAAGUUUACGUUACUAAGCAAAAGCAAACUCAAAAAGAACGUCAAGGAGAUUUGGAGAUUACUCGCAACAUCACAGCCACUGAAACCACUGAUGUGGAACACAAGGCUAAAACUCAAGAGCUCCUGGUGCAAGGACAAGUGCUACCAACCAACCCACCGCUGUUUACCAAGAAAAUACAACCCUGCAGGGCAUUUGAAAAUGAUUCUGCUAGAUUCGAAGUUGAAUUCGACGGAGAUCCGCUACCUAAAGUAACUUGGUUCCGAGAAGACUUCCCUAUUACAAGCUCGCCAGACUUGAAGAUUUACACCUUCAGCACUAAGUCCAUUUUGGUGCUGAGACAAGUCUUUAUGGAAGACUCUGGAGUGUUCAGCGUUAUUGCUGAGAACCGCGGAGGGACUGCCAAAUGCAGUGCCAACUUAGUGGUUCAAGAAAGACGGCGACAAGGCAGAGGCGGAAUAAUUCCACCAAAUUUCGCCACCACCAUCCAAUCAACAUCGGCUAGUGCCGGUCAGCUUGUACGCUUUGAUGCCAGAAUCAACGGCACUAAACCCAUAGAUGUUUACUGGCUGAAGAAUGGAAAGAAGAUCACUUCCGAUAUCAGAUACAAGACUUUGGAAGAAGACGACUUGUACACUUUAUUGAUAAUUGAACUGGUUCCCGAAGACACUGCCAAAUAUGAAUGCGUUGCAAUGAACCAAUCAGGCGAAGCGCGCUGCGAAGCUGACCUUACAGUACUAUCGCCUACUGCCCCACAAAAGCCUUCAAAGCCCACCACUCCUGGAACAGAAAAACCUCCAACCAUCGUGGAACCACUUAAAGACCAGAACAUCCGCGAAGGCCAAGCAGUGGCUUUCAAGUGCAAAAUCACCGGCAAACCUACACCAUCUGCAAAAUGGCUCAAAGCCGACAAAGUGAUCAAACCAUCCAGAUAUUUCCAGAUGAGCAAAGAGGGUGACUACUGUACAUUGAGAAUCUCCGAAGCAUUUCCUGAGGACGAAGGAGUCUACAAGUGCGUAGCCGAAAAUCCGGCUGGAACAGUUACAGCUCAAGCAAAAUUACGAGUUCUUGCACCUGAAACUCAAGAGCUAGCUCCUAGUUUAACACCAAUGAAAGACGUGAUCGUGCCUGAGGGUAGUCCAGCUCAAUUUAAGACUUCCAUCGCUGGGAAACCUAAACCUACCAUCCAAUGGCUGAGAGAGGGCUUCCUUAUACCAGAAUCACCAGACUUCCAGAUGAUCCAAGAAGGUAGCAAUGCCAUCCUUCUCAUCUCGACCACCUAUGAAGAAGAUUCUGGGGUAUUCGCAUGCCGAGCCACCUCAUCAGCAGGCUCCGUAGAACAGUCCGCCAAACUUAUCGUCAAAAGACGUCCUGGAACGUUCCGUAAAUCACCUUCCACCGCCGUUUCUUCCCAACCGGGAACCACCCCAAUCGCCACACAACUUAACGGUGCACCAACUCCCGGUGGAGUUGGUGUUAGCUCAGUACCCUUUGCACCCGGCUCAAAAACGGGCCAACCCUUAGAACCCAAUGAACUUCCAGUAGGGGACGAGUCCCUAUUGUGGAGACGGUUUGCGCGAAAACAGCUCGAAACAAGUGAAGAGUUUAAAGAUUUAUCUAAACCCAAGCAAGUCCAACCGUGGACUGAAGAGCAAAUCGUGUUAAAGAAAGCCAAAGUGGAACAUAGGGAACCAGUGAAGGAGAAACUUGAAGAAGUUCACCUGAAAGUAAGCAAACCAGUGCAAAAAGAAAUACCGAGAGCAGUGUUGGAAGAUGUGGAGCUAAAGCCAGUCAGCUUAGAAAAACAUAUUACUGAUUCAUUCGUAGCGCAGAGCAUUGAACAAGCUCAAGUCGCACAGCAAGAUUGGCGCACCGCUCCAAAGACUCCAAGUAGUCAGAUUAGGUCAGCUACUGAAGACAGUACUCUUCUAACAUUGGAUCAAAAACAACAAGAACACAUAGUGAAAACUACUCCAGAGCCAGCACAGAAAGACUGGCGGACACCCAAACCUGCAGAUAUAGCAGCUGAACUUAAGCGCCAAGCAUGGCGUCAAACUUUGGAGAAACAAGAUUCAGUCGAAAUAGACAUUGAUACUGUCCUAGCUAAAGCUCAACAUGCGGUUCGGAAAAUUCCCACGCCUCAGCCUCAACAGGCAAAAAUAAUUCCUUGGACGGAAGAAAAGAUAACUCUCAAGGCGGCCCCUAAAGAUCAAAUAGCGAAGUUCAAAGAAAUUCCCAAAGAGAAACUUGAAGAUGUCGUAUUAAAACCUGUUACUUUGGAAGAAAUCCAAGCAUUAAAACAAGCCAAAUUAGAAAAACCUAGAGAACCUGGCGAACCUGUUCCAUGGAUUGAAGAGGAUAUCGACUUGAAACCAACGCCGCAAGAGAAGAAGGAAAUCCCCAAAGAAACCUUAGAGGAGGUGCAUCUUAAAUCAGUAGACCUUACGGAAUUGCUAGAAACCAAACUUACCCCUCUGAGACUGGAAGGAGAAGGAAUACCCUGGACGGAGGAAGAAAUUAGUCUUAAUCCUACCUUGCACGAAAAGAAAGAAAUUCCCAAAGAAACUCUUGAAGAAGUUGCCCUCAAACCAAUUACCAAAAUACCCGAUAUCAGAGAUACUGAAUUGAAGUCGCUAAUUACGGAAAGAAAGCCCGGUGAACCGAUCCCGUGGACGGAAGAAGAAAUUCGCCUCAAACACGCCGUUAUUGAGAAGAAAGAAAUCACCAAAGAACAACUGGAAGACUUCUCACUUAAACCACUAGCGCAAAUUCCUAGUCAAAAACCAGCAGAACCUCUACCUGUGCAGCAAGAAAUACAAGAAAAAACGUUGGAAAUUCAAUUAGAACAACAAGAAAUUUCAAAACAAAAAUCUGCUGCAAAAACUGAAAUUCGCCAUGUUGAAGAUCGAACGCUGCUAGACAUUACAAAGCAUACCUCUGAACUUAUGGAAUCCCAACCAGAGGUAAAAACCUGGGAAAGAGGAGCAAAACCAGAAGCAAUAACCUCUAAACAAACCACAGAAACAACUCAGAAAACAAUUAUUGAGUCUCAACAAGUACAGGACACAGAUACUAAAGCCUGGAAACGAGAAACAGUUGUCCAAAAAGAAGAGCAUCAACAUGCGCCUAAAGAAGCACCAGCUCCUUGGAAUGAGCAACCAAUAACUUUAAAGAAAACAACGAUUGAAAGAAAGCAAACUGCAAAAGAAACCAUAGAACAAGUAGACCUGAAACCAUCCAGGCCAGUUAAAACAGGUGACACAGUUGUUCAAACUACAGAACAAACACAAAUUGCUCAAUUCGAUACCGUUGAAAGAACGGCAGUUUUAUCUGCCACAGAAGACACAACCCUACUACAGGUAACGGAGCAUGAAAAGGUUUCCCAGUCGCUAACGUUGGAAGAAAAAAGUUGGAAAAGAGCUCCUAAAACCGAAAAACCAACUGUAGAUGCCACUACAGUUCAACAUAUUGAAGAUGCGAGUAGACUUAUCUUUCAAGAGCGAGUGGAAGAACAUGGGGAGACGGUGGAAUCGAAAACGUGGCAAAGAGGAACGAAGGCUGUUGGGAAGCUGGAAGAACAAAUAGCUCCUGUGCAGCACACUGAGGACACUACUUUGGUAAGCUUACAAGAAAAAGAAGUGGUGAAAGAAGAAAUCGUUGAAGCAAAACCAUGGAAAAGGGGCCCCAAAACAACAGAAUUACUACCAAAAGAACAGCAAGAAAAACCUUUAAUCCCUGAAGAAAUUAAGCCGAAGGCAGCCCCCAAGAAAACACCUUUAGCGAGGGAAGACGAGCCCAUUCCUUGGAACAAGCAAGAAAUUAGUUUGAAACCUACUCCAAAGAAAUCCGUAGAAGAAACAACUAAAAUUGAGGAAGUUUCCCUGACUCCUAUUAAAAAACCAGUACGUUCAGUCGAUGAUAAACAAAUUAUCACAUCUGACGUACAAGAAGAAAUAACAGCAGCAGUCCAAGAAAAACCAAGCGAACAAAAUGAAAAACUUAGUUCGAUUCAUCAUGUUGAAGAUAAAACCGUUAUUGAGAUGAAAGAACAAGUUGAAUCUAGAAAAGAUACAAAGCUUGAAGAGAAAACUUGGAAACGGGGCCCUAAGCCUGAAGAAACUCCAUUAGAAGCUACACCAGAAGAAGCAUUUGUUGCCGAAAAACCUAAACCUAAACAGGGCCCCAAAUCUACACCUAUAACGCAACAAGAAGAGCCCAUUCCCUGGAACAAACAGGAAAUUAGCCUUAAACCGACCCCGAAGAAGAAGAUAGAGGAUGCACCAAAACAGGAAGAAAUUUUGUUAACCCCUGUAAAGAAACCAGUUAGAAGCACUGAAGACAAAACAAUAACCACGUCUGAUGUUACGAUUGAAGAGCGAUCAAAAAUAGAGUUAAAGCAACCGGAUUUAAAACCUGGCAAACCUCAAGAAGACCUUAGUUCAAUUCAUCAAGUUGAAGAUAAAAUGUUUAUUGACAUGAAAGAACAAGUUGACUCUAAAACAGAUACAAAACUUGAAGUGAAAAGUUGGACAAGGGGUCCGAAAUCUGAACAAGCUCCACUAGAAGCUAAACCAGAAGAAGCGCUAGUUCACGAAGAACCUAAACCUACGCAAGUGCCGCAACAGGACAAAAUAUUGGAAGCAAAACCAUGGAAGCGGGGUCCAAAGCCAACAGACAUAAAACCAAAAGAACAACAAGAAGAACUUGUAAUUCCAGAAGAAAUUAAGCCCAAGGCAGCUUUAGACAAAAUACCUUUAGCGAAAAAAGAAGAACCCAUUCCCUGGAACAAACAAGAAAUUAGCCUGAAACCGACACCCAAGAAAAAAAUAGAGGAAGCGCCAAAACAGGAGGAAAGUUCACUAACUCCUGUAAAGAAACCAGUCAGAAACAUCGAAGACAAGACAUUAAUUACGUCUGAUGUCACGGUUGAAGAGAAACCGGAAACUGGUACACAGAAACGCGUUACGAAACCAGUGCACAAACCUCAAGAGAAAGAAGUUUCAACUUUCAUAACGCCCGCAAGUGUAGUGGAAGAACAACUUGAACCCAAAGCGUGGAGGCGAGGCAAAAAACCUGUUGGCAAGCAACCCGAAGAAAGUGUGGAAGAAACAAUUACUGAACUUCCUGAAGAAAUUCGUGAAACAAAGACCGUCACUGAUGGACUUGAAAAGAAAACAAUUGAACGUACACGGGUUAUUAAGAAGAAGAAAGGAAAUAUUGAGGAAACUACUCAGAUUGUUACGGUUCAAGAAGAAGGCAAAACACCACAAACAACUGUAACCGUCGUCGAAUCGAUAGCACCAGAAGAAACGCAACCAUUUUAUGUUGUGGAAGAACUGCCCACCAAGGUCCAAGAAACCACUGUUAUUGAACAAGGCAUACCUAAAAAGAUAAUCGAAAGGAAACGAGUUAUUGAAACAAAGAAGGGCGACAGAAAGGACGUAACAGAAAUAAUUGUCACACAGAAACCAGGUGAUAAGCCAAUAACUUCAGUUACCGUGAAAAACGUUCCAGUUGUCAAACAAGAACCAAUUGAACCUGAAUACGUAGUACAAGAACUGCCAGUUCAAAUUCUUGAAACUGUGGUUACUGAUGCUAGUAAAACAACCAAGAAGGUGGUUAAAACAAGAACGAUUCAGAAACAAAAAGACGGUAUAAAGGAAACAACACAAAUUGUGACUGCUGUGGAAGACGGUAAGAAACCGGAGCACGUAGUUACCACUGAACAGCAUCCGGCAAUUGAAGAAGAAUCAAUAUUUACUGUUCGUGAAUUACCUCUUGAAAUACUCGAAUCUACAGUGAUUGAAAGUGGAAUUCCGAAACAUAGGACAACCAAAAAGAGAGUCAUUGAAAAGGUGAUUGCUGGAAAGAAAGAAAUUACUGAAAUUAUCACAACUGAACAAGACGAUAAGCCAACCGAGACAACUGUAACGGUAACGGAGCAAGACAUCAAGAAAAGACCAAAGAAACAGCGACAAGAACAACCGAAAGAGGAGGUGAUUCCCUGGACUGAACAAGUUCAGCUUAAGCGUGCAAAAGCGAAGAAACCUCAGGAAAGUGAAGAAGAAGAUAAGGUUGAGUUAAAACAAAUACCUACGCAGCCAUCCGCCCAAGCAAUAAUAGAAGAACUGCCCGAACAGAUUCAGGUGUCCACUACAGUUGAUAAAGGUAAAAUUGAGAAAACCGUAACGAAAACAAGAGUUAUAAAAAAAAGAAAAGGUAGUAAGGAAGAAACGACUCAAAUUGUUACUGUCGAAAAGGAAGGCAACAUCCCAGAGACAACAAUUGUAACUGAAAAACAAUCAAUAACGGAGGAACAAACCACUCAGCCGAUAUAUUCGGUUAAAGAGCUGCCAGAAGAAGUUUUCGAAACUACUGUUAUUGAAGAAGGAGUUCCGAAAAAGAUAACUGAAAGAAAACGAGUUAUUAAAACCAGGAAGGACAACAAACAGGAAAUAACUCAAAUUACAACCGUAGAACGGGAAGACAGACCCACGGAAACUGUAGUAACAAUUACAGAGAGCGAAGCCACUGAUUUCGAAGAAAUGCCAAUUGAGCAAGAAUUCGCAGUCGAAGAGCUUCCAACAGAAAUCUACGAAACCACAAUUAUUGAGAAAGGCAAGCCAAAGACAGUUGUUGAAAAGAAGCGAAGAAUUAAGAAGAUGCAAGACGACAAAGUGCAAACUACAGAAAUAAUUACAGUAGAAGAACCAGGCAAAAAGCCUAAAACAACAGUUCGGACGUUUGAAGACACCACCCAAACAAUUCAAGACCUAGAAAAACCGCUAAUAGAAGAAUUACCUGAAGACGUGCAGGAAGUAACAGUAAUAGAUGCAGGAGUAACAAAAAAGAAACUGCUCACAAAGAAAACGCUAAAAAAGACAAAAGGCGAUAAGGAAGAAACUACUGAGAUUGUUACUUUGGAAGAAGAAGGUCAGAAACCAGAGACAGUAGUCACAGUCACCGAGGAAAUAAUUGACAAGAAAAAGCCCCAAAAAAUACCUGUUCCACAAGAAACAGUAGAAAUUCCCUGGACAAAACAAGUUGAACUUAAACAGACUCCAAAGACAAACAAACCCGAGGAAGAAACACGUGAAGAAAUUCGGUUAAAACCAGUCAAAAAAUCGCAAAUACCCCAGCCUGAGGAAGCUCCAGUAGUUCAAGAACUUCCUGAAGAAAUUCAGCAAACGACCGUCAUUGACAAGGGAGAAGCCAAAGUGCAAGUAACUAAAACGCGUGUUAUUAAAAAAAGAACUGGGGAUAAGGAGGAAACCACGCAGAUUGUUACAGUAGCAGAAGACGGAAAAGAACCUCAAACGACUGUAACAGUUGAGGAGCAAGAAGUUCCUGAGGCAGUCGCAACACAACCAAUCUAUAAAGUAGAAGAACUUCCGGAGAAAAUUUCUGAAAGCACUGUAGUAGUACAAGGUAUUGAACGAAGGAAAGUAGAAAAAAGGAGAGUAAUCAAAACAACAAAAGGCAAAACGCAAGAACUCACAGAAGUACUGACCACACAGUUAGAGGGCGAAAAACCAGAAGUCACUAUUACAGUUCAUGAAAUUGAAGAUACGCUUCCUGAAACACUAGACGAGACAUUCGAAACUGUAGAAGAACUGCCAGUUCAGAUCUCCGAAACAGUAGUUGUCGAUAAAGGUAUUCGCAAAAAGAAGGUCGCAAAAACGCGAACAAUCAGAAAGGAAAAAGAUGGAAAGCAACAAAUCACAGAAAUUGUCACUAUUGAAGAAGAAGGCAAAAACCCGGAUAUUCAAGUUACGGUCCAUGAAGAAGACAAACCCGUUGAAAAAACGGUAGAAAAACCGGUUACAGAUUUACCGUGGACUGAACAAGUCAAACUCAAACGAACUCCUAAAAAACAACAAGAAGCCCCCGUUGAAAGUGAAAUAAUAAAGCUUAAACCAGUAAAACCGGAAAUCACCGAUACACCUGUGACUAUUGAAGAACUUCCGGAAGAAAUUCAUGAAACGGUCGUGACUGAUAAGGGAAAAAUCAGAAAACAAACAUCCAAAAAACGGGUCAUUAAGAAGCGAGUCGGUGACAAGGAAGAAACAACACAAAUCGUAACCAUUCAAGAGGAGGGCAAAGCUCCGCAAACAACCGUCACUAUCGAAAACGUGACAAUUCCCGAAAAGGAGGUUGUUCAACCGAUCUAUAAAGUGGAGGAAGAACCCGAGCAGAUACUUGAAACAUCUGUAAUAGAGGACGGAGUUAGAAAGAAACAAGUUCAAAAGAAACGUGUUAUUAAAACAACUAAAGGCGAUAAACAAGAAGUUACUGAAAUCGUCGUUUUAGAGCAAGAAGGUAAAAAGCCUGAGGUAACAGUAAGAACAGAAGAAAUUGACGCGCCUAAAAUUCCAUCUGAACAACCUGAAGACACAUCAAUUGAAGAACUGCCCAUUGAAAUUAGAGAAGACGUCGUUUUUGAUCAUGGAGUUUCCAAGAAGAAAGUGGAAAAGAAACGAACUAUCAAGAAAAAACGAGCUGGCAAAGAUGAAAUUACGGAAAUAAUAACCGUAGAAGAAGAAGGCAAAUUGCCUGAAACCAGUAUUGUUACGUACGAACAGGUUCCAGAGGAAGAUUCAGAAAAACCUUUUAUUAAAGAGCUACCUGAAGAAACGCAACAGGUAGUGGUUGUAGAUGAAGGAGUCACUAAACAGAAAACGAUUAGAAAACGCAUUAUUAGAAAGAGGAAAGGUGAUAAAGAUGAGAUUACUGAAAUAGUAACACUAGAGGAAGAAGGAAAAUUAGCUGAAACAACUGUAAGCAUUACUGAAGACGAUCGCAAGCCAGACCAAAUAAAACCGAAGCGAAAGCCCAAAAAAGUGGAAGUUUCAGAAAUCUUACCUGUAGUUGAGGUAGAAGAAUUGCCUGAAGAAGUUCAAGAAACAAUUGUUAUCGAUAAAGGGGUCGCCAAAAAGCAAAUUAAAAAGAAGCGUGUUAUUAAGAAGCGCAGAGGCAGCAAAGAAGAGACGACUGAAAUUGUGACUGUCGAAGAAGAAGGAAAAGCUCCACAAAUCCAAGUCCAAGUUGAAGAGGUGCAAAUUCCGGAGGAAAUGGCUGAACAACCUAUUUACACAGUAGAGGAACUGCCAGAGCAAGUAUCUGUCAGUACAGUGAUUGAAGGAGGCUUGAAAAAACAAAAAGUUCAGAAGAAACGUAUCAUCAAGACACGAAAGGGCAAUAAACAAGAAAUUACUGAGCUGACCACUACAGAAAUGGAAGGCAAAGCACCGAGCACCACAGUAACAAUUACUGAAGUAGAAGCACCAGCUGAUGAAGUUCCGGUUCAGACCGAGUAUGUAGUCGAAGAAUUGCCAAUUGAAACCCAAGAGGUUAUCAGUGUUGAUGGAGGAGUUACCAGCAAAACGGUAAUAAAAAAACGCACUUUGAAAAAAAGGAAAGACGGCAAAGAACAAAUUACCGAAAUCGUAACUGUGCAAGAAGACGGCAAAAAACCAGAAACAACGGUUACAAUAUCGGAAGACUUUAUCCAUCCAGACACUAUUUUCCUACAACCUCUUGUUGAGGAGCUACCAGAACAAAUAUCAGAAAUCAUAGUUGAUAAAAAGGGUAUUAAAGAGAAACAGGUUAUCAAGAAACGUGUCAUUAAAAAGCGAAAGGGUAGUAAAGAUGAGGUAACCGAAAUUAUUACGCUUGAACAGGAAGGUAAAAAACCUGAAACAACUGUGACUGUAACGGAAGAAGAAACACCACGAAAACCGAAAAAGCGAGUCAUUGAACAAAAGAAAGCGGACCUUCCUUGGACGGAACAAGUCAAGCUUAAGAGAGCACCUAAGCAAAUAAAGCCUGCAAAAGAAAAAGGAGAGACUGUCGAACUUAAACCCGUCAAAACGGAAGAAGUAAUCCAAGAAUUGCCUGAGGAGAUCCAAGAAACAACAGUUUUUGAUCAAGGUGUAAUGGAGAAGAAGGUUACUAAGAAGCGCGUAAUCAAGAAGCGAAAAGGAAGCAAAGAUGAAACUCUGGAAAUUUUAACGGUACAAGAAGAAGGCAAGCAACCAGAAACAACAGUUACAAUCAUCGACGAAACUCCGAAAGUUCCUGACGUCACCUUAAAGCGAGCGAAAAAAGAAAAAGUAAAACUGGCGAAGGGAACUGACGAGAAAAUUGAAAAGCUCCAUCCCGCCAAAAUGGUUCAACCAGAUUCGCUUCUUACCACAAUGGAAGAAUUACCUACAGAAGUUCGCGAAACCACAGUAAUUGAAGAUGGAAUUACUAGGAAACAGAAAACAAGAAAACGCGUUAUUAAAAAACGCCGAGGUAGUAAAGAAGAAACAACUGAGAUAGUUACCGUUGAAGAAGAGGGUAAGGUACCCCAAACAACGGUAACUAUCGAAGAAGACGUGGCUCCGAAAAUUGCGGAAGAGCAGCCAUUGUAUAGAGUUGAGGAACUCCCAGAAGAAGUGUAUGAAACAACUGUUGUAGAGCAAGGUCGACCGCAGAAGAAAAUUAUUAAGAAGAGGGUGAUUAAAACUAAAAAAGGUGACAAACAAGAAAUUACUGAAAUUGUUAUUACACAGAAGGGUAGAGAGGCACCCGUGACCGAAGUGAUAAUUCAUGAAGAAUCUAUUCCAUUUGAAGAGAUAGAACAACCAGAAUAUGCAGUGGAAGAAUUACCUGUGGAAAUCCAAGAAACCGUUGUGGUUAAAGAUGGAAUUUCUAAGAAAAGGGUCGAAAAGAAGCGAACAAUUAAGAAAAAAGAUAAACAGGGAAAAGAUGAGUUAACCGAAAUUGUUACAAUCCAUGAGGAGGGUAAAAAGCCCCAAACAACGGUAACAGUUCAAACACAAGACACGGUGUCAGAUAUUCCGGAUAGGCCAGUUAUCACAGAACUUCCAGAAGAAAUUAGUGAAGUCAAUGUUGUAGAGCAAGGCGUCAUCAAACAGAAAAUUAAGACAAAGCGAACAAUAAAAAAGAGGCGAGGUAGUAAAGACGAAACUACUGAAAUUGUGGUUAUAGAAGAAGAAGGUAAAGCCCCGCUAACAACAGUGCUGGUGACAGAAGAGCCUGUAGAGGAUCAACAGUUAAUUCCAAAACCAAAAAUAAAGAAAACUAAAAAGCAAGCAAAAAGUGAGAGUCCACUGGUCACACCUGAGGGCUACCUUUUUGUCCCAAGUCUGGCACAUCCAAAAGAAACACAACCCGACGAUGUUGUCGAUAUGUUGCAGACGGAACUUAUCAAAAUGCGCCUUGCCAAAAAUCUACCAGAACACGUAGUGCCUGACGAUGUACCUAAAUACACAGUCAUGGAAUUACCUGAGGAAGUCCAAGAAACUACCGUCAUUCAAGAUGGAGUUUCCAAAAAAGUUAGAUCGCGAAAACGGGUUAUUAAAAAACGUAUUGGUGACAAAGAGGAAACAACGGAAAUAGUUUCCGUAGAGGAAGAAGGCAAAGUGCCUCAAACUACUGUUACUGUAGAAGAAGAAACAAUUCCAGAAGAUAUACCGGAACAACCGAUCUACUCUGUUGAAGAACUCCCUGAAGAAAUUUCUGAAACCACAGUCCUAGUUGAAGGAAGACCUAAAAAAAGGAUUGAAAAGAAAAAGACUAUUAAAACUCGAAAGGGUAGUAAACAAGAAAUAACCGAAAUAACCGUGACUGAGCAAGAAGGCAAGAGGCCAGUGACUGAAGUUAGUAUUAAGGAAAUUGAUAUUCCUGAAUCGGAAAUCCAUGAAGGGCCUCAGCCAGAAUAUCUUGUGGAAGAACUCCCAAUUGAAAUUAAAGAAACUGUAGUAGUUGAAAACGGGGUAUCAAAGAAGAAAGUUCAAAAGAAGCGGACUAUUAAAAAACGCAAAGGUGAUAAAGAAGAAAUUACAGAAAUCGUUACUACUGAACAAGAGGAUGAAGCGCCCAGAACCAUUGUGUCCAUUGAGGAAAAGCCGAUUACGUCCCAAUUAGAGGAGGUACCAAAAAUUGUGGAAGAAUUGCCAACAGUGAUUCAAGAAGUCAGGAUAAUCGAAGAUGGUGUACCUCAGAAAUGGACCAUUAAGAAACGCGUCAUUAAAAAGCGACGUGGCAGUAAAGAAGAAAAAACUGAAAUUGUGACAGUUGAACAAGAAGGUAAACUUCCCGAAACGACCGUCACUGUUGAUCAAAUAACAGUCAUCGAAGAGAAGAAGCCCAAAGUGAAGAAGCCAAGAACAGAAAAGGUCGAAGAAGUACCAUGGGCGGAACAGGUUCAACUGAAACCAUCCAAACGGAGGCCAAAGGCUGUAGAAAAAACACAGUUGGAAGAAGUUGAGCUGAAGCCAUUUGAAGUGCCAGAGAAAGAAGAAGAAGUAUUUAGAGUGGAGGAACUUCCUGUGGAAAUAAAAGAAACCACAGUAAUAGACCAAAAAGGUGUAUCUAAAAAGAAAAUAGUUAAAAAGCGAGUUAUUAGCAAACAAAAAGGCGACAAACACGAACGAACUGAAAUUGUUACCGUUGAGGAAGAAGGCAAAGCUCCAGAGACCACUGUAAUCACGGAAGAACUAGAUGCUCCAAAGACUGGCGGUCCUUUGUACAUCGUUGAAGAAUUGCCAGUGGAUGUCCAAGAGUCUACCGUCACUGAGCGCGGUGUUUCCAAGAAGAAAAUUACCAAAACCCGUAAAAUUGUUAAAAAAGAAGGCGACAAACGAGAAACCACUAAAAUUGUAACAGUAGAGAAGGAAGGUGAAAWACCAACCACUGUGGUWACGGUUGAAGAAGAUGUGGCUCCAGAAGAAGCUCGCGAGGAAUCCCCCAGUUAUAAAGUGGUUGAAAUGCCCGUUGAAAUACAGGAGACUAUAACCAUGGAGGGAGGAAAACCAAGGAAAACUGUUAUUAAGAAGCGAAAAAUACAGAAACAGAAGGGAGAUAAACAGGAAACUACCGAAAUAGUUACUGUCGAGCGAGAGGGCAAACAGCCCGAAACUACCGUGACUGUAUUAGAGGAAAUUGUAGACCAACUCCCUGCAGAAGUAGUAGUUGAGGAAAUUCCAGAAGAAGUAGAACAAACUACUAUUAUUGAAGGAGGAAAAUCUAAAAUCAGAACCGUGAAAAGGAGAAAAAUUAAAACUCGCAGAGGUGACCAACAAGAAAUCACUGAUAUUGUAACUGUAGAAGAAGACGGUAAAAAACCACUUACAACAGUGGAAAUUACAGAAGAACCAGUUCCAGUGGAUGAAAAACCUUCUGAAAGCAAACCUAAACGAACUGUGAAGAAAACUAAAAAAGUAACGGAAACUUCUUUGUUAACAAAGGAUGGUUACUUGGUGGUGCCUAGCUUAGAGCAACAAGAAGAAACGCAACCCGAAGGUGUUUUAGAUCUUUUAGAGAUGCAACUUAUCAAAAUGAGACUGCAAAGAGAUAUGCCUGAGCACAUUGCACCAGAAGAAGUGCCUGUGUUUGAAAUAAAAGAACUUCCGGAGGAGAUUCAUGAAUCCAUAGAACUGAAAGAUGGCAUUCGAAAGAAAGUUAUCACUAAAAAGAGGGUUAUUAAGAAAAGGAGAGGUGAUAAGGAGGAAACCACAAACAUUGUUUCCACCGAAGAAGAAGGUAAAGCUCCAGAAACAACGGUAACUAUUGAAGAACAGCAGCUACCGGAACAAGAAACUGUGCAACCAAUAUACACAGUUGAAGAACUUCCAGAGGAAGUUUCUGAAUCUACCGUGCUAAUUCAUGGAAAAGCGAUAAAAACAGUUAAAAAGAAGAGAGUUAUCAAAACUCGUAAAGGUGGUAAACAAGAAACAACCGAAAUAGUUACCAUAGAACAGGAAGGUCAACAGCCAAUCACUACUGUGGAAAUUCAAGAAAUAGAAGCACCUGAAAUUGAAAAAGUACCUGAAUCGGAAUACAGAGUCGAAGAGCUGCCCAUUCAAAUUCAAGAAAGUCUAGUAAUUGAGGAUGGAGUCACUAAAAAAAGAGUUCAGAAAAAACGAACGAUUAAAAAGCGGAAAGGAGAUAAAGACGAAACAACUGAAAUUGUUACUAUUGAAGAGGAGGGAAAGCAACCAGAAACUUUCGUUACUAUUGAAGAAAGGCCAACUAGUGGAGAUGUUGAGGAUAUUCCUGAAAUUCUGGAAGAACUACCAACCAUUACUGAGCAGGUAAAUGUAGUGGAAGACGGAAUACUUGUACAACGAAAUGUUAAAAGGAGAAUCAUAAAGAAGAGGCGAGGAAGUAAAGAAGAAAAAACGGAAAUUGUUACAGUAGAAGAAGAAGGCAAAACACCCGAAACCACAGUGACAAUAGAAGAAAAGCCAAAAAAGAAAAGAGCAAAGCGCGUAAAAGCUGAAAAAAUUCCGUGGAACCAGCAGGUUCAAUUGAAACCUACUACAAGGAAAUCCAAAGACAUUGAGAAGCCUGAGAUCGAAGAAGUAGAGCUACAGCCAUUCGAAUUACCCAAUAAAGAGGAAACAGUUUUCAAAGUGGAAGAACUUCCAGUAGAAAUUAGAGAAUCUACAGUUAUCGACCAAAAGGGUAUUGCGCGGAAAAAAGUAGUUAAAAAGAGAGUUAUCAAGAAGCAAAAGGGAGAUAAACAAGAAAGGACGGAAAUUCUUACUGUCGAAGAAGAAGGAAAAGCCCCUGAAACAUCUGUUACUAUAGAACAAAUUGAGGCUCCAGAAUCCGACAGUCCUCUUUAUGUUGUUCAAGAGCUACCAGAAGAAGUUCAAGAAAGUACUGUUGUAGAUCAUGGCGUGUCUAAAAAGAAAAUCACAAAAACUCGCAAAAUUGUGAAAAAAGAAGGGGGUAAAAAGGAGGUUACCAAAAUUGUCACCGUAGAGAAGGAAGGAGAAAUACCAGAAACUGUCGUAACCAUAGAAGAGGGACAAACUACACAAGAGGCGCCAGAAGAACAGCCAGAAUAUAUAGUAGAAGAAUUGCCAAUUGAAAUUCAGGAAACAACCGUACUAUCGCACGGUAAACCCACGAAAACCAUCGUUAAAAGGCGAAAAAUUAAAAAGCAAAUAGGAGAUCAGCAAGAAACAACAGAAAUCGUUACCGUGGAACGACCUGGUGAAAAGCCAGAAACCACAGUCACGGUCUCAAAGGAAUUGGUUGAAGAGUUGCCAGAAAAAUCAGUAACUGAAGAACUUCCGGAAGAAGUGGAGCAAACUACGAUUAUUCAAAACGGCAAAUCAAAAGUAAAAACAGUUAGAAGAAGAAAAAUUCAGUCGCGUAAAGGAGACCAACAAGAAACAACUAAUAUUAUAACAGUUGAAGUUGAAGGAAGCCAACCAGUAACUACUGUGGACACUACAGAGGAAUUCAUUCCAGAACAACACGAAAAGCUGAAACGUAAACCAAAGAAGACCAGAACGGAAAAAGUAACUGAAACGGCGUUAGUGUCGAAGGAAGGUUAUCUUAUUGUUCCAAGUUUAGAAGAGCAAGAAGAGGUAACACCUGAAGAAGUUUUAGACUUGUUGGAAAUGGAAUUGAUUAAAAUGCGACUAGAAAGGGAUAUGCCUGACCAUGUGGUAGCUGAAGAUGCACCCAAGUAUAUUGUCAAAGAACUGCCAGAGGAAAUCGAAGAAACGACUGUAUUUGAAAAUGGGGUUCCAAAGAAAGUAGUAACAAAAACCAGAGUAAUAAAAACACGAAAAGGUGACAAAGAAGAGACUACGCACAUAGUGUCAGUAGAAGAAGAAGGCAAGCUUCCCCAAACAACUGUAACCGUUGAAGAGGAAACGGUAACGACAAAAGUAACAGAGCAACCAAUUUAUACAGUAGAAGAACUUCCAGAACAAGUUUCUGAAACCACAGAAAUUAUUAACGGUAAACCAACAAAGACAGUGGAGAAAAGAAGAGUUAUUAAAACUCGAAAAGGUAAAAAGCAGGAAAUAACAGAAAUUGUCACUAGAGAACAGGAAGGACAGCAGCCGACAACCACUGUUGAAAUCGAAGAAAUUGAAGCACCAUUAAUUAAAGAAGAAGAACCGCAUUACGAAGUUCAAGAGCUGCCGGUUGAAAUACAACAAACAGUAGUAAUAGAAGAUGGUGUGGCAAAGAAGAAAGUGCAAAAGAAGCGAACGAUUAAAACUCGCAAAGGUGACAAAGAACAAACGACCGAAAUUUUAACUCUUGAAGAAGAAGGUAAGAAGCCAGAAACUAUCAUUACCACAGAAGAAAAACCAAUUGCCGAAGCUGAAGAUCAAUUAUCGGAGAGCAUAGAAGAACUGCCUACAACUGUUCAACAAAUGACUAUAAUUGAAGACGGAAUACGAAAGACUCGCAAAAUUAAGAAGCGGGUAAUUAAAAAGCGCCGUGGUAGCAAAGAAGAACAAACCGAAAUUAUCACCGUUGAACAAGAGGGCAAAUCACCUCAAAGUACAGUAACAGUGGAAGAAAUUCUAGUACCGGAAGAAGAUAAGCCUAAGAAGAAAAAGCCAAAACACAAAAAGGCUGAAGAAAUUCCAUGGACUGAACAAGUGCAAUUAAAACCGACUAAAAAACCAAAGAAACCUACAGAGAAACAACAAAUGGAAGAAGUGGAGCUCAAGCCAUUUGAGGUUCCCGAUAAAGAAGAGCCCACGUUCAAAGUUGAAGAGCUUCCCCUUGAAAUUAAGGAAACUACUGUUAUCGACCAAAAGGGCGACUCCAAGAAAAAAGUUGUUAAAAAACGAGUCAUAAAGAAACAAAAGGGCGACAAACAGGAACGAACUGAAAUAAUUACAACAGAAGAAGAAGGUAAGCCAAGUGAGACUACAGUUACCAUAGAAGAACUAGAUUUCCUUGAAGACAAGUCCCCAAUAUAUGCAAUAGAAGAAUUGCCAGAACAAGUUCUAGAAACAGUUAUAAUUGAGAAGGGUGUACCUAAAAAGAACGUCACAAAGACUCGUAAAAUCGUGAAGAAAGAAGGUGGCAAAAGAGAAACAAUUAAAAUAGUCACCACCGAAAAGGAAGGCGAGCAACCGGAAACAAUUGUAACAGUCGAAGAAGAUGUAGCUCCCUUGGAAAGUGAAACAGCAGAACCAAUAUACGCCAUAGAAGAACUGCCCAUUGAAAUUCAAGAAACAAUAGUUAUUGAUAAGGGCAUUCCAAAGAAAACAGUUAUUAAGAAGCGCAAAAUUAAAAAGCAGAAAGGGGAUCAAGAGGAACUAACUGAAAUUGUAACAGUAGAAAGAGAAGGUGAAAAACCAGAGACUACUGUGACUGUGGUGGAAGAAGACAUUCUUGAUCAGCUUCCAUUGAAGCCAUCCGUUCAAGAACUUCCAGAAGAAGUCGAACAAACUGUAAUCAUGGAUCAGGGCAAGCCUAGAAAGAAAACCAUUAAGAAAAGAAAAAUUAAGAAGAAGGAAGGGGAUAAAGAAGAAACCACCGAAAUCGUCACAGUGGAAGAAGAAGGAAAAACUCCGGAAGUCACUGUCUCAGUAGUUGUGGAAACAAUAACUGAAGUUGAAGACACCAUUGUUCUGAAAGUUGACGAUGAUAAACCCAAGAAAAUUAAACCGAAGAAACAUACUAUAGAACAACAGCAAAUGAAGCCGGAAGAAAUAAAAUUGAAGCCUACCCAACUGCCACAAAAACCGGAAAAGGCCGAAGUUGAAGAAUUUGCAUUGCCGGAGCUAGUUAAACUGAAACCUGUUGUUAAGAUCGAGCAACCAGACAAAAGCGAAGACUUGGAAAAGGUUAUAUUAAAACCAGUGGAGCAGCCCGACUUAAUGGAAGCAAGCAUAAUUGAAAAGAAAGUGAAGCCAACGAAGAAGAAGAAGCACGACGUUGAACUGCCAGAAAUUCCGGAUGCUGAGAAAUAUAUUCCUGAGGUUGCUGAAAAAUAUGAGUUUGAAGAAAGUCCUAAAGAGCAGGAAGAUAUCCCUGCUACUCCUUGGAGGCGACAGCCAAAACCAAAGGUAGAAGCAGAGGCUGUUGAAAUGCCAGGCUUAAAACUAGGCAAAGGAAAAGUUCCCAAAGAAGAGGACGUUCAGGAAGUAGUAAAGCUAAAGCCGGUUAAGAGGGAUAAAAAAGGAGACGUUGAAAUUCCCGAAAAAUCGAAACCUAUUAAUGUUGAAAAAUCCGAAUUCGAACCAAAAGAAUUCGAGAAGAUUCCGAUCACUGCACCUAAACGGGAAACUGAAGACACUCCUAAAGAAGACGAAAUAACUGUCAUUGAGCUGAAACCUACGGAAGUCACCGAAGAAGAGCACGCUCCUGAUGAAACAACACCAUGGAGAAGGACACCUAAAAAGAAGAAGGACGAAGUUCCCGAGGUAAAGGAAUGGCCUCGGGGUAAAAGAAAACCUUUACCCGCGGAAGAGGUGGAAGAUAUUAGUCUUAAACCAAUCGAUAAAGUUAUACCUGAAGAACCAGUGCAUAAAGUUAUCACCAAAGACGUAAAAUCUGAGCUUGCAUACGAAGUGUCUGAAGGGGACUUUACUGAUAAACUGGGUCUGAAACCGGAGGACAGAAAAGAAAUUCCAGAAGAAGAGGUAACAACAAUAACAAAGAAGAGAAAAAUUAAACAAAAAGAUAAGCCGAAACCGGAGAAGCCGGAAGAGGUUGUUUUAAAACCAAUCCCCAAAGAAGAAAUUCCGGUAGAAUUAAUUUCUACCAAACUGGAUGAUGUUGAAGAAACUCCUUUAGUUCCCGAAGUAUCAGAAACUGAAAUAACUCUUAUGGAUAAAGAGAAAAAACCAAAAGAAAUAUCAGUCCCCGAAAAGCCAUCUAUCAAAGAGAAAGAAGAUGAAGAGUUUAAAAGAGACAUUGAUGUCCAAAUAGUGUCCAAGAAGGUCAAAAUUGAGAAGAAAAAGCGCACUGUAAAGUUCGACGACAGCCAACCUCUUCCCGAGCUUGAAAUCAUUUCUCAGAAACGUACUACUGAAGUGACCGAUAAAGUUCCAGAUGAACAACUCACGGAACACACUGGUUUGCAUGAGGAAACUACAAUUCAAACAUCCCUCGUCCAAAAAACACUUGGCAAACGCGUUAAAACAAAAACCGUCGCUCCACGAUUUAUCAAAAGGGUUGAGCCUGUGGUGGCCGAAGAAAGCCAUCCUACUCGCUUGGUGUGCAAAGUGGAGGGUACUCCUUUCCCAGAAAUAACCUGGUAUAAGAACGAAGCUGUCUUCCGGGGCAAUGAGCGCGUUUUUAUCACAGUCGUAGAGAAUACCGUCACUUUGGAGUUUACCAAAGUGGAACCACAAGAUGUAGCCGUUUAUUCGUGCAAAGCUACCAAUCCGGCAGGAGUUGCUACUUCUACCGCUAAUCUGGUUAUCUUAGAAAAAGAAGAAUCAGGAAUUGCUCCUCGAUUUACCAAACCGCUCAAGCCAAAAAUUGUUGAAGAAACAGCACAGGCAAUUUUGGAAGCUACUGUCAUCGGUCAACCAACUCCAAUUGUGAAGUGGUUCAAGGAAGAUGAAGAAAUCACGCCGCAACCCGGAAGGCAAAUUACCUAUGAUACCAAGACUGGAAUAACAACUUUGGAAAUUCUGGAGCCGUCACCCGAUGACGAAAAAAUCUAUAAAGUAAUGGCUCAAAACAAAUUCGGAACUGCCGUCUGCAGAGCCAACCUCAUCGUUUCGAAGGCUGUAGAAGUUCAACAGCCUGUAAUAAUGCAAGCCCCAAAGAUUACAAAGCCUAUUAAAGCUGUUGUGGCCAAACCGUCAGAUGAAGUGGUGCUUGAAGCUGAUGUUGAAGGUAUUCCCAAACCUGAAAUUGCGUGGUACCGGAAUGGCAAAGAAAUUAAACCCGAUGACAAAUAUGAUAUUACGGUAACAGAAAACACGACCACACUGGUGAUCAAUAAAAAAGUGCCGAAGAAACUAAAAGCUGGCAAAUAUGAAGUGCGUGCCACUAAUCCGAGAGGAGAAGCAAAAUCGGCAAGCACCGUAGUGAUCACCGAAGAAACCAGCGAAGCCAAAGCACCAAGAUGGAUCAAGCCCAUCAAACCUCAAAUAGUAGAAGAAGGAGAGGUCGUAAUUCUGGAAUCCAUUGUUGAAGCCAUUCCGACAGCCACAUUCCAAUGGUACAUACGGGACACUCCCGUUACCUCUAGUCCAGAUGUUCGUAUUGUAACCAAAGACAAUAAAUCAACACUUCUCAUCAGCGAAAUCACUCCAGAAUUUGCCGGUCCAAUUACAUGCAGAGCUGAAAAUGUGGCUGGAUCCAUAACUCACACAGCCUCGGUCAAUAUUGUUAAGGAAACUCCUUGGCAGGAGACUGAAGAGCUGGUAUAUCCAAGAUUCGUCAAACCCAUAUCUCCAAUCAGCGUUAUGGACGGCGAAAAAGUUACCUUCAGCUGCGUGGUAAUUGGAAAGCCAACUCCAAGAGUACAAUGGUAUUUUAAUGACACACCCAUUCACGAAGCGCAAGACGUAGUGGUGUCUCAAGAUAACGAAGGUGUUUGCAGCUUAGCUAUUUCGGAAGCUUUUCCAGAAAAUGCUGGCGAAUACACUUGCAGAGCUAUCAACAAGAUUGGUGAAGCAGUUUGCAAAACAUCAUUAGUGGUGGAAGCCUACGAAUACGUUCCAGAUUCCGAGCUCGGUCAUAUGACCGGCUCGGAAGAAGACUUACUAGAAGAUAAGACGAUAAGUGAAGGCCUCAUUACAUCAGAUGAAGAAGAGUUUGCCCCCAGAAUAAUCAAGAAAUUACCUGAAGUUGUGCAAACUCAGGAUGGCCAAGUUACAAGAUUGGAGGUCAAAGCUAUUGGUAGACCCAAACCAGAAGGGAAAUGGCUGAAAGAAGGAGACGAAAUCCUGCCAUCGAAUGAAUUCAUCAUUGAAAACUUUGAGGAUGGAACAUCCAUCUUGACACUACCUGAGACGUAUCCAGAUGAUGUCGGAGAAAUCGUUUACGAGGCAGAAAACCCGCUGGGUGUCGCAUCCACAGUGACACACUUACUUGUGGAAACUGUCGAAGGUAUUGUCGGUACAAAAAUGUACCGCAAACCCGAAUGGGUCACCCAUAUGGAAGAACUAUCGACAGCUCUAAAAGCUGUGCACUCCGUACCUACCUUCGUCAAAGAAAUCACAGAUAUCCGAACAACAGAGGCUGAGACUAUUGUAUUUGAAUGCAUAUUCACUGGAACCCCAUCCCCAGAUAUCGUAUGGUACCACAACAAUAAAGUGCUACGCAACGAUAAUCAUGUGAAAAUCCGAAUUGAAGACAACAAGACUACGUGUACGAUCACUGAAAUCACUAAAGAUCAUGUGGGUACCUAUGUCUGCAAAGCCAUUAGCGAUAUUGGUGAAGCAACUACAAAGGGGCAGCUGUUCGUCCAAGAAAUUCCUGAACAGGCUAAGAAGGCCAUUCUCGUAAAGAAAGCUAAAGAGGAAGAAGAACGAGUCAAGAAAGAAAGAGUUACUAUCGAGAAAAAGCGCGAACUGAAGAAGAAAAAGCGCGCGUCGCUGCUCACAGAAGAAGAAAUCAAACCACUGGAUGUAACAGAAAUCCAAUCAAGUGAGGUGACUGAAGAAAUACCGUUGUCGACUACAGAAGAAGCCAAAGCAAAACCGAUUUUGGAUAUUCUAGAAUCAGUAAAGACUGAAGCAAUAGCCUCGUGCAGGAAAAUUGACGAAAAAGAGGAAGAGUCUCCCCUGAAAAAGGGCACAGCAAAACUUUCUCCCACUGAACCACUGCGUAUCGAUGAAGUCCUGGCUGAAGAAAUUAUUAAAGAUAUCGAGAAGAUCUUGCCCCAGGUCGAAAGAGCCAGACCCACAACUCAAGAAGGGCCGGAAGAAACCGUGAAUAUCACCGAGGUGAAACUAGAACAAAUAAUUGAGAGGUGCGAAAAAAUAAUACGAAAAAGUGAAGUGAAAAUGGCCAGAGAAGUCACUCACUUGUUAGAGUUGAUCAACGCUAAAGAAUUUGGCGUAGGCCAGGCACCUCUUCGCGAAAUUGCCGAAAUCGUAUAUUUGCUGAGGAACGGAAUCACCGUUAAAGAGGUCACAGUUCUCUAUGAUGACAACAAAUUUCCAUCGCUAAAAUCCCCAGAAGCUCAAUCUGCCAUGGUCAAUGUGGUAGAAAGGAAGGGCCAUGGGGCUCUAAUAUCGGAAGUUUUGACUGAAGAAACAACCAUCGACGAAAGCCAGUUAGCGGCUACUGUAGGAUUUAGAGCCAUGAUGAAGAUGGUUGAAGCCAACUAUGUAUCCGUAGAGGAGAUCCUCACUAAUUUCACCCCAGAAGAUUUUAUGCAAAGGGUAUGGGAAGCAACUGAAACUGUGGAGGUCCCGAAAGAAGUUCCGCUUCAAACGACCAUUUCCUCACAAGUGGAAGUUCACGAGGAUACGACGACGAAAAUCGUAAAGAGAAAAUCUAAAAAGAAGGGAGAAAAUGAAGAAUCCCUCGAAAUCAGCGAAGUCCGUGAACGUACCGUGCAGGGUGACAAAGCAACAUUAUCUAAGAGACACUCCGUUGAAAUUACCGAGAUCAUAGACACACCUGAGACCCGUAGAAAAACAGACGUAGAAAUCAUAGAAGAGAUUGACAAAGAAAGGAUCGUAAAAAAAGUAUUAAAAACGCGACGUCCUCAUUCAGAAGAAUACCUUAUAGAUGAAGAGGAUGUUGACAAAAUCCUCCCUAUCGACUUCCAUCCUCAAACUCAACUGCCCCAAAAUAUACCGUCGGUGGUUUCCGAAGCCACACAUAAAGACGAAAUUACCCAAAUUGAUCGGGAUUUAGAAAAAGUCAAGGCAACAGUAGGAAUUCUGCCCUUAAAUGCUAUUUCACAAGAGCAACCAAUUUCUCAAGAAUCUGAACAACCGAAAGCAGAGGUUACAACAAUAACGCAACAAGCUUAUCAAACCGUUGACCAGUUCGAGGCCUAUGAAACUUCCGAAAUUAACUCGCAAAACAUUCCAGCACAUUUUGACUCAACCAUGAAACCGCAGGCAUAUAAUGCGGACCGAAAUAUUACAAUAACAGAGAGCCUAGUGAUCGAAGAGAUUUACGCAGGCGACACUUCUAUCACCUUGGAAUCCAAGCAAGUAUCAGAAACAAAAGCUGAGUUUAGCAUAAUUGAACAGAAAGCGUCCAAUAUUCAAGAAGUCGAAGUGCACCAAAAGGAAGAGACUUUCAAACCUCUCGAAUAUGAUCAGAAAUAUCCUUUUGAAACUCACAUUCCAAAAGACAGUUCAGAAGCUUCAUCAACCAGCCAAGUAACUCAAAUAGAUCAUACUGUGGAGCAAGCAACAGCCGACAUCAAUAUCUUACCACAGAUGGUUCCGAUACAGGAAAAAUGCGAGGCUGACGAAAAAGAAGGAGAUCAUAAACAGUCUGCCACUGUUUUAUCUCAGGCGUCAAGAACCAUCGACUCAGUAGAAGCGUUCGAAACAACCGAGCAAAACGUCCAGAAUCAAGUGGGAGAAUACGACAAAACAUUCAAGCCCUCAUUUUCUAAUGCCCAACCGGCUUUUAGUAUUUCAGAGAGCAUAAACAUACAUGAAAUAAAUCUUGGAGACAUUCCCGCUACAUUAUCAAUCGAAGGCCAAGUUGAGGGUCAAGCCUUUGUUUCAAUACUUGAACAGGAAGCUAAACAUAUUCAGCAGGUGGAUGUUUCAGAUAAGGAAAAAGACUUAGAAGCUUUUGCUGCUCCUAAAGGAGUUGAGGCUACAAAAGCAUUCAUUACUCAAGAAGGAAUUUCCAUUGAAGAAGUGCAGCAAGCAAUGUCGGAAGAUAAAAUGGACAUUGUCAAACCUGUAGGAGUCAAACCGAAAAUGAACAUUGAUACUCAAGAAAGCCUAAUUGUUGAACAAGUCCUUACUGGAGAUAAGCCUGGAAAAUAUCUUCCUCAGGCAUUUGUAGCUACCGAAGUGGCUACAAGAUCUAUCAUAUCCCAAAAGUCGAUUACACAGUCCCAUAUUCAGGCUCCAGAGCUUGAAGGCGAAUAUACUCCAGGAAAACUGCCCCCCACCCAGGUAGCAAAUGAGAACAUCUCAUUGACAGAAGGAAUAUUGAUUUCUCAAACUCAAACUGAAGACAGGGAGAAGGUAUUUUCAAAAUCCAACAGUCCCGAACGGGCCAACGCCCUAGAAGACAUCCUUCUACACGAAAGUUUGGUAGUCCGAACAGUAGAUAGCCAAGCACCGCAAGGAGACAUUACAACUGAAGAAACUGAACAAUUUACUGCUACCGUUGAUAUCACUGAAAAGCAAACCGUUCAAACUGAAUCAGUUGUAGCUGCAGAGUCUGAAAAUAUUUAUGAGCAGAGCCAAGUCGACACCAAAGUGGCGACCAGUGAUUUUAGACUACUUGAAGUAAGCGAAAAUGCGUUUAUCACCGCACAUGAGUCAGAGAAUGACUUGGCACCGGAUGAACAUAAAACCAAAGUCUUGGCCACCUCAAGUAUUGGUCCUAAGGAAUCUUUGGUUGUGGAAGAAGUGGAGACUGGAGAUUCACCCAGUGAAUUUACCGAUCACCUGAAAUACAAAACUGAUUCAGCCGAAACCAAUAUUCAAACUACGGAAGCGCAAGUUACUAUUGAGACCCAGGCUGGUGAGAGUGAAAUGCCAUCAGAACAAAGUCAACCAGAAGCGUACAAUAUUGACACAACUAUAACCAGAACUGUAGACGAGAUUUGCAUAACUGAAAAUCAAACGAUGGAAAGUGAAAAGUUAUUAGAACAGUUUGAAACACCAGAAUCUCAAAAGGGCAAACAGACAAGAUCACACUUACUUCCAACCGGAAUAAGUGAAAUAGUCGAAGUAGAUGAUAGCGAGAGUAAUUUGAAAAUUGACAACUUAGAGCAAGGCCCAGCCAGUUUCAAUCAGCCAACAUUCACAGAAACUGUUAUUUCUGAAGCUGUUGCUGAUGAAGGUUUGAAUGACAUAGAAAGCGAAAAACCUGAAGAAAAACAAGCUUCGUCUGAGGUCCUUCUCCAGCAAGCCGUCAAUAUUUCCGAAGUAGUGGCCGAUGAUCGCGAAAAGCCAUAUAAAUCAUCUGACGUUAAUACGCAAGAAGCUACAGUUAACAUUUCGUUUAGCCAAGUGGCCAGCCAAACUAUCACCGAUUCGAAUAUUGCACCUGAAGAUCUAAUGGUGUCAAAACCGGUGGAAGAAACGGCGCAAGUUGAUCAAAGUACAAUAGAACAUGUUUACACUUUGCAGCAUGAAACAGGGGAAAAGGAAUCUGAAUACAUAAAACAGCAGCCCGAUGCUAAAUCAGCUUUGUUCGGUUUAACUGACGGGCUUAGUGGUCCCAAUGUAAUGCAAGUAACCAUAAAUGAGAAAGAAGAUGAAUAUUCUCCACAUAUCACUCCACUUGAAGGGCUGGGGCAACCAAAUAUUACAGCUCACGAUGUUGCGGUGAAAACUGAAGUGGAACUGGUGGUUCAUACUGAUGAAAUAAUCGAAGAUGAAUUGCUUACUGGUAAAGCCAAGAAAUAUACUAAACCAUACAAUGAACUAAUUGUAACUGAAUCCAAUGCAGUGGAUGUUCACAAGGAUUUACCAGCUGAUAUUCAUCCAUAUUCCAAGCAUGCCAAUGUUGACAUCUUGCCAGGUCAGGCUCUGUCCGUUACUGAAACCAGAGCUGAGCAAAAUGAAGAACAACUCACCGUUUCAGAUGUAGAUAAGUCCAAUGCCGUUGUUGGGAUUGAAGAGCAACAAGUUGCGACUAAAGAACAAAUAAUCGCGGAUAAUCAAACCGGCGUUUUCGAUCGCAUCUCACCAGAGAAACAGUUAGGUAUCACUAGACAAGAUCUAUCGCACCCUCUCGUUCAAAUGGAAAUUGCCGCAGGAGAAACUGAAGGAUACAGUAGCGAAGAUAUCAAACCAAACUCUAAACAGGCAGACGUUUUAUUUGGUGAAGCUGAAGGUAUCAAUGUUAGUGAAGUAUUCGCUGGAGAAGCAGAAUCGAAUCUGCCGCAGGAUGAAUCUCCCCAAGUUGAUCGGGGAAAUGUAGCUAUUUCAUCUCACAUAAUUGCUGUUAAAGAAGAAGUCCAACCACAAGAUUCCACAAAUGCAUUGAAAGAAGAGGAACGGAGAACAGAAAAUGCUAAAACCCAAUUUAGUCCGCUGGACACCAUUAUUACGACCGAGUCAGUAGUUGGAGAACAAGAAUCCAAUAUUGAGAGGGAACAUCGUGAUACUCAAACUGCUACUUCUGAGUUCGAAGAAGCUAUCCCCAUUUCUGUAACCUCGAUAACAGCGGCAAUAAAAGAGACAGAACUCAUAAAAGACGAAAUCAAUUUGAAUCAAGCAGAGCAGAUCUUAUCACCACAGGAAAAUAUACAAGUCGAUGAAGUACUAGUGAACGACUCAUUUACAGAUUUUGAUCGAUCCUCGCCAACCAAAUUUAUUGCAUCAUCAGUGCAUUCGCAAAUGCGAUCAAUUACUGAAACUGAAUUAAUUACUGGGGAAAAGGAAGCAAACCUAGAAAAAGAUGUUCAGCCUUUGCAGCAAAGCGCCGAAGUUGAAUUUGGGGAAAUUACUACGGCUGAGACUACUGAAACCGUGAUUUCAGAAAAAGAAGGCAAACAUGAUACUGAAGAAGCUACAAGCUUAGUCGCCCUUACCUCAAUUGAUGCACAACCAGUUGCUGAAUCUAGCCAACCUGAAAGUCAAGAUCAAGUAUCAUCACUAAUUGAGCAAAAGCCGGCCUUUGCAAAUGCUAAUCCAGAAACAUCGUUGAUAGAAGGUUUAACCCAAACUGAGACACUAGCACAAGAGAGCGAAACCUACUUCGAAAAGCCCGUUUUAGAUACGAAAUCUGCUACAGUGGACUUCACAUCUCAGCACGCCGUAUCAAUCAGUGAGGUAAAGAGCAAUGAAACUGAAACCAAUUUACAAGUAGAGGACAAACCGACCGGAAACCAGGCUACUGUUGGACUACUAGGACAUGAACUUCCUGUGAGAAGCGAACUAGAGAUUAACGAAAACACUGGUGAUUUACAAUCCAGUCAACCUGAGCAUUCAUCAGCACAACCAGAAAUUUCAGCACUGAGUACUGCCUUGCAAACUGAGACGCUUAUAUCGGAAACUGAAGGCAAAAGCCCCGAAGCAGAAAAAAUCGACCAGCGACAUGUAACGGUGAGCAUCGAUGAAGAUGUGGGAGUAGUGGUAGAAACAGUCACUGUGGCAGAUAAAGAAACAGAUUUGCUAACCGAACGACCCAGCACCAAAGAGGCUGAAGUGAAUCUUUCAGAAAGCAACGUCAUUGCCUCACAAAGUGAAGUUAACCCCAACGAAGGAAUUCUAGACCUCGAAGAACUGAAACCAGAUGAAACAACAGCUUCAAGCAGUAUAAUAUUUUCAAAUACACUAACCCAAACGCAACAGACAGCAAUCGAGGCCGAAACUGACUUAGCCGACUUCAAAAAGCCCCUGUCAACGGCUGCUAUCAUUGGUGUAGAAGCAGUUGAAGGAAUCACAAGCGAACAAACGACUGUAGCUGAAAAAGAGCAGCAUUUGGCCGAAUUUCAACUGCCGAGCAGUAAAACUGCUCUUCAAAAUAUUGAUAUACCAGGAAAAGUGGCAGGAUAUGAAACUACCGAUAUUCGCGAAAAUCCAGGUUUCUUCCAACAGUCGCAGUUCGAGCAGUAUCAGGCUCAGCCUGCCGACGAAGUUUUACAUAGUCUAAUUGUAACGCAAAAUAUGUCUGAAGAAAAAGAAACAGACUUUCAAGGUGAAUUUAAACCAGAAACUUCCACAGUAGAACUCUCGUUAGAGAAAGGCAGAAUUGUGGUGAAUAUCUCGGAAGUAACGACCGAAGAUAAGGAAGGAUAUAUUGCCGAUUUGGAGAAACCGAACGAACAAUCCGCUAUUGCCGCAAUAGAUGCCGUACAAGUUCCGGUAACUGCCGAAACGAUCAGCAGCGACAACACCGGAGUUUCUGAGUAUCAAGCACCGCAAAGCUCUUCGGCAGUUUUGAGGCAAGAUGAACUAUGCCAGCUGGUUCAAGAAAGUCCGCAACUUCAUGAGCGUGAAGACGUUUUCGAAAAGACUGUACCUUUGAACAGAAAGCAAGCAUCAGUUGCGUUCGAUGAAGAACAAACUGUUGAGACUAGUGAGGUCGUCAGUGCCGAACGUGAAACUGCCUUUGAUAAAUCCCCUGCUCCAGACACAAGUACUGCUGAUUCUUCAGUUUCUGGACACAUAACUGCUCAGGUGUCGGAAGUUCAGACCUCCGAUCAGACUAGCGAGUAUAUAGUCGAAAAACCAAAAGAAACUACUGCCGGUGAAGAUCAACCCACUUUUGAUUAUCUAAGUCAGGGGCAAAACUUGGUAUUAGAAGAUUACUUAGAUCAGGAUACGCCGGACGUUGCAAAAAAAACAGCUGAGACCAAAAUUGAUGAGAUUAAUUACCUCGAUAUAUCUGAGGUGGUGCUGGGUGAUGCGUAUGGCAAGGCUUCGAAGGAACCCUUGCUUGUAGAAAAUGCUUAUGAGCAAAUAGACGAGGCAACGGCCUUGGUUCAAAGUCAUGUGGUUCCUCAUGAUACGUUGACUGAUUUAACCGAAGAUGUUCAAAACACCCAAGUGGUUAAUAUAGUGCAGGAAAUGUUACAAAGUAUCACUCAAUCGCAGAGCAAUGUUCAAGAUUCAGAAAAGCCAAUGGAUCAGCAGCUAAAGCCCGACACCAAACAGGCCGAUUUAAGCAUUGGAGAAAUGUCGUCGGUCGAAAUAUCUCAAACUGUUUCAGAUGAAAAAGAGGGACGAUUUGUGCCUGGAGAACUGCCCGAAGAAAAGUCUAGCUUAUCCAUUAUGCCCCAUCACUCGCUAGUAAGCAGUGAAGUGCAAUCAAGUGAUGAUCUUGCACAAUUAGCACUUAUUUCACCUAAGGAAACAUUAGCCGAAAUAAUUCGCGAUGAGCUAACUGCGAUUAGUACUCACGAACAGAAAACUGAAGAAAAAGAGGUGCCAUUUACCGACCAGCCUGCAGUAGCUUCUACAGCCGACCGUACAAUAAUGCCUACUCAGUCCGUUAACAUUACUGAAAUUAUCACUCAAGAUAGUGAAACAAUUUUGCACAAGUCCAUACCUCUAGAAGCACAAGCUGAGGAGAGUGUUCUACUGCAGGAAGCUACUGAAAUCCGUGAAACCAAAAGCGAACAAGACAUAGAUUUACUGAAAAUUGAACAACCUCAGGAUUAUCAGGCCUCACUAGAAACGUUGCCGCUUACAUCCAUUACAGUUACAGAAAAUGUCUCGGUGGAGAAAGAAUCAGAACAUGUAAAAGAUAAAUCACCUCUAUUAAGUAAAGCUGAUACAAAUUUGGAAAAUGCCAACAAGGUGGCAAGCAUAUCUGAGAUAUUAACUAACCAGCUGGAAAAGGAUAUGAUGCCAGACCAACCUCAAGAAGGCAAAGCGGUUCUAGAAUUUACAGAACACAACGUCAUCGAAGAAGCUGACGCUAACGCGUUAGAGGCAUUAGGUAAAUACAACAAAGACAGCAAACUGACUACUUCCCAAGUACAUGUUGAUUUAACAGAAGCCAGACACGUAGCAAGUGUAGCAGAAGUACUACAAACUCAAGCUGAAUCUGAAUUUAUUCCGGGCACUACAAAAACAGAGUUAGCCUCAGAAGCAAUUUCAGAACACAAAGCAAUCGAAGAGUUACAAAUUCGAUGUCUAGAAGCUUUGGGUGAAAAACCCAAAGCUGAAAGCCCAGAAUCAUUUAUGGCUGGCUACGUGUUACCGGAUUUGGCUUCCGCAGCAAAUGUAACAGAAGUCUUAAGCACUCAGGCUGAGUCUGAAUUCACUGUUCCAAAACCCAAUCAAGAAACUGCACAUCCCCAUUUACUAGGACUAGAAGUGGUUCAAGAACAGGAAGUUAGGGUUCUUGAAAGUUUGGGUGAUCAUGUAAGGGAUAAGCUUCCGUUAUCAGGUAUUGCGGAUAUUAAUAUGGAAAAAAGCAAUCAAGCAGUAAACAUAACUGAAAUACUGACAUGUUCCAAUGAAACCGAGUUAAAAGUGCAGCUUCCUUCCGACGAUUUUGCCUCAGUGACUCUUAUAGAGCAACGGAAUAUUGAAGAAACUAAUGUUAAGCCUUACGAAUCGCUAGCUAAGCCUGUCAGCGAAGCUGUUCCCAGAACAGAUAAGGCAGCCAUAAAUCUAGAAAAAGCUGGAAAAUCUGCGAGUAUAACUGAAAUUUUACCUGCUCAAAUGGAAUCUGAUCUGGUCCAAGAUGUUCCGAACCAAGAAAAAGCUACUUCAAAUAUUUUAGAAAGCAAACCAAUCGAAGGACUCGAUAUAAAAUCUUUCGAAAAUGUAGGUGAUGACAUUACUACAAAGUUGCCUGACUUUUCCCAAGCUAGCGUAGAUCUUGAAUACACGCGUAAUAUCGCAUCUGUAUCAGAAAUAUUAAGCAAUCAACAAGAAUCUCACUUAGAAAGUUUCAAAGCUCCAACAAGUACAGCAUCACCUGUGAUGGAUAGUUUCAAAGGGCUGAAAAGUGAGGAUGUGAACGUGUAUGAAAAUACUACUGAAUUCCAUAGAAAAAAACAUAUACCGCAGCAGACUGCUGCGUUACAUAAGGAUGAGUUUGAGAGCGUUAUGGAAUCAACUAUUACAAUUCAAGGAUCCACCCAACAGUUGGAAAUUGAACACCCCAACAGCAAAGUUGCCGAUUUCGAUAUGCUGACAGAGCAAAGUAUUACCGUAACGCAAACGAUGGCACAUGGAACCGUAGGUGAAGAAAUUUCAACUGUUAUGGCAACUGAAACCACUGCGGAAAAACGAGUUGAAGAUAAACCAGUGGGAACCAGUGAGGAUGUUCUUACCCUAGAUAGCGUUAAUGUCAUUAAACCAGAUCAUGUUAAGACCUUAAAAGUUCAAAGUCAAUAUGUUGACGUUAACCGAAGCCUUGUAGUAACAGAACAAACGGUCUCAGGUAGUGUUAUAACGUUAGAUCUCGAAACACCCAAUCAGAAGAAUGUUACAGUGGCUUUGACAGACACUGAAACCCCCCAACUGCAGAUAAGUGAAGUCCAGAUACUUGAACAUCCAGGACCACUGGAUGACACCACACAACAAAUAACACACGAAACCGUCACUCAAAAAGCACCAACCUCUGAAUUAGCAGACGAGUACACAUCUCCGGUUAGAAAACAUUCGGACGCCGAAGAAACCCAUGAAUUUGUAACAAGAUUCAAAUCCACACCAGAUAGUGAAGAAGCGGCUCAAGUUGUCACCAAAAGAACCAUUUUGAAAAAGAAACACAAGAAAGGUCACGAAGGUGAUACUGUGAUAGAAGAAAUAAUAUCUGAAAGCACACCACAGAAAAUAGAUAAAACAGGACCUACAAUUGAAGAACUAUCAGACACUGAGAGCGAACCUCAACCUAAUGAGUACACUGUUGAAGAAAUGCCUGAGUCUCCAACUCCGAAAAAGAAGAAAAGUGUAAAACAUAUGGGUGGUAGACCGGAAAGGGGUGAUAUUGUAACAGUAGAUGAAGCAAUUUCCGAACAACCCAAAUUUAUUGUUGAGGAGUUACCUGAACAAAUCGAAGAAACAACAGUUGUGGAGGACGGUAUUCCUAGAAAAAAAGUGGUGAGAAAACGCGUUAUUAAAAAGAAGAAGGAUGGCAAGCAAGAAACAACCGAAAUAACAACCGUUGAGCAAGAAGGUAAGAAACCAGAAACAACAAUAUCUGUGCAAGAAAAGGAACUCUGCGAAGAACCUGAAUAUGUAGUUGAAGAGCUACCUCAGCAAAUCGAAGAAACAAUAGUGGUUGAAGAAGGAAUUCCGAGAAAGAAAGUAAUUAAGAAACGCGUUAUUAAAAAGAGGAAAGGUGACAAGCAAGAAAUCACGGAACUAGUCACCGUUGAGCAAGAAGGCAAAAAACCGGAAACCACAAUAACAGUUGUAGAAGAGCAAGUGCCUGAUCAGCCUGAAUAUAUUGUAGAAGAAUUACCUGAGCAAAUCGAAGAAAAAACAGUUGUCGAAGAAGGUAUUCCGAGAAAGAAAGUAAUAAAAAAACGCGUGAUCAAAAAGAAGAAAGGUGACAAGCAAGAAACAACAGAAAUAGUCACCGUUGAGCAAGAAGGCAAAAAGCCAGAAAUCACAAUAACGGUUGAAGAAGAGCAAGUCCCUGAACAACCUGAAUAUGUUGUAGAAGAACUACCUGAGCAAAUCGAAGAAACAACAGUUGUCGAAGACGGUAUUCGGAGAAAGAAAGUGAUAAAAAAACGCGUUAUUAAAAAGAAGAAAGGUGAGAAGCAAGAAACAACAAAAAUAGUAACCGUUGAGCAAGAAGGCAAAAAACCGGAAACCACAAUCACCGUUGAUGAAGAACAAACGCCCAAACAACCUGAAUAUGUCAUAGAAGAACUACCUGAACAAAUUGAAGAAACAACAGUUGUCGAAGAAGGUAUUCCAAGAAAGAAAGUCAUAAAAAAACGCGUUAUUAAAAAGAAGAAAGGUGACAAGCAAGAAACCACACAAAUAGUAACCGUUGAGCAAGAAGGCAAAAAACCGGAAACCACAAUUACCGUUGACGAAGAACAGACGCCCGAACAACCUGAAUAUGUCAUAGAAGAAUUACCUGAACAAAUUGAAGAAUCAACAGUUGUGGAAGGUGGUAUUUCCAGAAAGAAAGUGGUAAAGAAACGCGUGAUCAAAAAGAAGAAAGGUGACAAGCAAGAAACAACCAAAAUUGUAACGAUUGAACAAGAAGGCAAAAAGCCAGAAACCACAAUAACAGUUGAAGAAGAGCAAGUACCUGAACAGCCUGAAUACAUUGUAGAAGAAUUACCUGAGCAGAUCGAAGAAACAACAGUUGUCGAAGAUGGUAUUCCCAUAAAGAAAGUAACAAAGAAACGCGUUAUUAAAAAGAAGAAAGGUGUCAAGCAAGAAACUACAGAAAUAGUCACCGUUGAGCAAGAAGGCAAAAAACCGGAAACCACAAUAACCGUUAACGAAGAACAAGUGCCUGACCAGCCUGAAUAUGUUGUAGAAGAACUGCCUGAACAAAUCGAAGAAACAACAGUUGUAGAAGAAGGUGUUCCUAGACAGAAAGUUGUCAGGAAACGAGUCAUUAAAAAGAAGAAAGGCGACAAACAAGAAACGACCGAAAUUGUCACCGUUGAACAAGAGGGCAAGAAACCGCAAAUGACAAUAUCCGUAGAAGAAAAGGAGAUUCCUCACGAACAAGAAUAUUUAAUUGAAGAGUUACCUGAGCAAAUCGAAGAAACAACAGUUGUAGAAGAAGGUGUUCCUAGACAGAAAGUCGUCAGGAAACGAGUCAUUAAAAAGAAGAGGGGCGGCAAGCAAGAAACAACCAAAAUAAUAACCGUUGAACAAGAAGGCAAAAAGCCAGAAACCACAAUAACAGUUGAAGAAGAGCAAGUACCUGAACAACCUAAAUAUAUUGUAGAAGAAUUACCUGAGCAGAUCGAAGAAACAACGGUUGUGGAAGAUGGUAUUGCCAGAAAGAAAGUCACAAAGAAACGCGUUAUUAAAAAGAAGAAAGGUGACAAGCAAGAAACCACAGAAAUAGUCACCGUUGAGCAAGAAGGCAAAAAACCGGAAACCACAAUAACCGUUGACGAAGAACAAGUGCCUAAACAGCCUGAAUACGUUGUAGAAGAAUUUCCUGAACAAAUCGAAGAAACAACAGUUGUAGAAGAAGGUAUUCCGAGAAGGAAAGUGGUGAAGAAACGAGUGAUUAAAAAGAAGAAAGGUGACAAGCAAGAAACAACCAAAAUAAUAACGGUGGAACAAGAAGGCAAAAGGCCAGAAACCACAAUAACAGUUGAAGAAGAGCAAGUACCUGAACAGCCUAAAUAUAUUGUAGAAGAAUUACCUGAGCAGAUCGAAGAAACAACAGUUGUCGAAGAUGGUAUUCCCAGAAAGAAAGUAACAAAGAAACGCGUUAUUAAAAAGAAGAAAGGUGUCAAGCAAGAAACCACAGAAAUAGUCACCGUUGAACAGGAAGGCAAAAAACCGGAAACCACAAUAACCGUUAACGAAGAACAAGUGCCUGACCAGCCUGAAUAUGUUGUAGAAGAACUACCUGAACAAAUCGAAGAAACAACAGUUGUAGAAGAAGGUGUUCCUAGACAGAAAGUCGUCAGGAAACGAGUCAUUAAAAAGAAGAAAGGCGACAAACAAGAAACGACCGAAAUUGUCACCGUUGAACAAGAGGGUAAGAAACCGCAAACGACAAUAUCCGUAGAAGAAAAGGAAAUUCCUCACGAACCAGAAUAUUUAAUUGAAGAGUUACCUGAGCAAAUCGAAGAAACAACAAUUGUGGAAGAAGGUAUUCCGCGAAGGAAAGUGGUGAAGAAACGAGUGAUUAAAAAGAAGAAAGGUGACAAGCAAGAAACAACCAAAAUAAUAACGGUGGAACAAGAAGGCAAAAAGCCGGAAACCACAAUAACAGUUGAAGAAGAGCAAGUGCCUGAACAGCCUGAGUUUAUUAUAGAAGAAUUACCUGAGCAGAUUGAAGAAACAACGGUUGUCGAGGAAGGUAUUCCCAGAAAGAAAGUAACAAAGAAACGCGUUAUUAAAAAGAAGAAAGGUGAUAAGCAAGAAACCACAGAAAUAGUAACCGUUGAACAAGAAGGCAAAAAGCCAGAAACCACAAUAACGGUUGAAGAAGAGCAAGUCCCUGAACAGCCUGAAUAUGUUGUCGAAGAAUUACCUGAACAAAUCGAAGAAACAAUAGUUGUCGAAGAGGGAAUUCCGAGAAGGAAAGUGGUGAAGAAACGGGUGAUUAAAAAGAAGAAAGGUGACAAGCAAGAAACAACAAAAAUAGUAACCGUUGAACAAGAAGGAAAAAGGCCAGAAACAACAGUAACGGUGGAAGAAGAGCAAAUGCCUAAACAACCUGAAUAUAUUGUAGAAGAAUUACCUGAGCAAAUCGAACAAACAACAGUUGUCGAAGAAGGUAUUCCUAGAAAUAGAGUGGUAAAAAAGCGAGUAAUUAAAAGGAAGAAAGGAAACAAGCAAGAAAAGACCGAAAUAAUUACGGUUGAACAGGAAGGUAAAGAGCCUAAAACAACAGUGACUGUUGAAGAAGUAGAGGAAGACGAGUCACGUUAUGUAGCAGAGGAAAUACCGGAGAAGGUGCCAACCAAAGCUGUUGAAAUUGAUCAACCGAAAAAGAAGGUCCGGAAAUCAAAGAAACCAAUUUCGGAAGAUGCAUACUUAUUCGUGCCUCUGUUAGAGCAACAAAAAGACUUACCCACAACGCCAGAAAUAUUUGAGCUGCUUAAAAUGGAAGUUAUACGAAUUUUGUUAGCUCAUCCACUUCCUCAGUUCCCCGAGUUAACAGAUAUGCCCACAGGAUACCGAGUUUUAGUCGAAUAUCCGGAAGAAAAGGAGGAAAUCGAUUUAGGAGACGGAAGAAAAGGUACGAUUAGAAAGAGGAAAAUUAAAAAACGAAUUGGAGACACAGAUGAAGUUAUCACAAUUAGUAUUAAAGAAAAGCCAGGCGAAGAACCGACUAUUAAAGGUAACAUUCAAGAAGAAAACGCAUCCGAAAUUGAAGAUAUGAGCGAAAUGGUUCCAGUAAUUGAAAUUCCUGAAGAAACAGAAGUUGUUGAUAUGACUACAUCUGAUGAUAUUCCUAAAAAGAAAAUCACAAAGAAAAGAAAACUGCUUAAGAAAAUUGGUCCAAAAAUUGAAGAAACUGAAGUUAUUAGUGUGUUCGAAGACGGAAAACGUCCAAAAACCACAGUGAAAAUUAAGGAGUACGACAUCGACGCAACUCCGAAAGAAAUUACUCUCGUUAAACAUAAAUUAGAACUCAUCGACAUCAAACCAAAGCAACCAGUCAUUGUGGAAAAGGAUGAUAUUCCCAAACUCACUGAACUAAAACUGAGAAAGCCCAAGCGACCACAAAAAGCUGCUGAAGAAAAGAAGCAACCAAUGUUCCGACUGAAAAGCAGAAUCAAACUAAUAAUUUUUCCUCCCCUAAGUGAAGUUGAGCAACAUGGAAUAAUCACAAAUCUUCCUGCAUACAUCAGGGACCAUGGCGAACUGUCAAGGAAUAUAUCUGAUGCACAAAAGGUGUUGAAAAAGAAGAAAAUACGGAAGUUUAAGGACAUAGACUACAUGCCGCCAGAGCUGGAAGAAGUUGAGCACGUUGAUAUGCCUGCAAAGCCUGAAACCACUGAUGCCAAAGAUUCUCCCAAACAUAAAAGGCUUCCAAAGGAAAGGCAACAGCCGGACGAAAAAACUGCCAUACUUGAGCUAGGCAAAGGGCAGAUACCUGAAGAUGUGGAACUGCCAGAAAAAGUUCUGUUAAAGAAAAUACCUGAAACAGCAUCUGACAAAGAACCACUUGAGGUGAAAGAAGCAAAAACUAAAAAACCUGACGAGUCAAAAAUUAAAAACCGUAGCGAGGAACAUGAUGAAGAACCCAUUGCGUUUGAACCGUACGACAUUGAUAAAACAGAUUUUGAAAUGGAAGAUUUUGAAACGAGCGACAAGGAUGACGUACAAAAAAUUAAGAAAAAGGUUCCAACAAAAUACAAGAAGAAGCCCAAAGCAAAGUCGAGCCCAGAUGUAGAUGAAUUACAGUUAAUUAUGGGCGUUCCUAAAGAAAAGCCAGAUAUUGAAUCGGAAGAUGUUUCUUUCCAACCCAAACAGAAACCUAAAAGAGAGGAAGAACCUGAAAAAAUUAAGUUGAAACCUUUUAAGGUGCCUAAAUAUGAAGGUCCUGCAGAAAAAGUACGCCUUGAAGGCCCCGAGUAUCAAAAACCAAUAGUAGUUUACGAACUUCCAGAAGUAAUUACAACCGUCGAUGAAAAAACUCCCGAAGGUAUUAAGAAGACGAUCAAAAAACGACGCACAAUUAAAAAGAGAUUAGGCCCAACUCAAGAGGUUACAAAUAUUGAAACUUUAAUACCUGAACAGGGCAAAUCUGAGACUAUUGUAACAACUGAAAUUGAAUACAUCACUGAUGAGUUCGUUGUGCCGUAUGACGCCGCUGAGGUCAUUGAAUUACCAACGGAAGAAAAAAUUAUUAAAACUAAAGUAAAUGACAAAGUGAUUACUAAGAAGUUUACUAAACGAAAACUAAAAAAACCCAUAGGAAAAUCACAGUCUGAAAUUACCGAAAUUCUAACCGUUGAUGAAGAUGAAAAGAAACCGCAAGUACUAGUAGUGAUAUACACAGUAGAAGAAGAUUUGCUGCCGGAUCAAGAAGAAGCUGAUGAGCUUUUACCAUUGUUGAAAGUGCGGCCUAAAAAAGGAAAGCCUUUAGUGGUAGAAUUACCAGAAGAAGUUGUUGUUGAAGAAGUGAAAGUCGAUAAAGACACUACCAAGACAGUUAUUAAAAACAAAAAGCAGUACAAGAAACUGCAUAAACCCAAAGAAGAGAUAAUUACUCUUCAAACACGAGAAAUUGAUGGCGACUCUCAAACCGACGUGACGAUAGAAGAACUGAUUCCCGAUGACAUAUCGGAUAUUCUAAAAGGUGAAGUAUUAGAAGAAUUUCCUUCAACUACAGAAAUCACCGAAGAUCUAUCGGGACCAACCCCGAUAGUGACUAAAGUUACUAAAAGGAAAACACAAAAACGAGUCGGUGAGAAAGCACAAGUCACUGAGAUAGUAGUUACAGAAAAAGGGAAUGAAACUCCAAUUACAGAAGUCAAUGUAUAUCUAACAGAUGAAGUACCACGUGUAACUGAAGAAAGCGUUGAUACCAUUACCAUAGAAGUGCCUGAAGAAAUUACCACUAAAGUAAUUCAAACACCUACAGGGCCAAAGAUCGAAACUACCAAAACGAGGAUUCUUAAAAAACUGAAAAGUCCUAAACAGGAAACGUUAAUAGUUGAAACCGUUUACGAAGAAGAUAAAAUUCCAGAAACCACCGUGACGGCGGAUGAAGCCAAAGAUUUAUCAGCUCUUCCAGAAAGUACCCAAGUAUUGGAAAUGCCCGAGAAAAUAACGAUUGACAAAACAUCUAAAAAAACUAUGAAACGAAUUAUUCACAAGAAAAAGGGAGAUAAAAUCGAGACCACUAAGAUAUGCACGGUGGAAGAAGACGACAGAAAACCUCAAACUACUGUUACAACAUUCACGUCUGAAAUUUCCGAACUUCCGCCCGACGAAACACUUAAACUUCUCGAAGUUUUGACACCAAAAAAACUGAAGAAAAAACCAAUUACCCCACAUUUCGAAUUAGAAACCACAGACGUACACACCAUUGAACAUACUCAGGAAUUAGGUGAAGUAAGUGAAGAUCUGCCCAAAGUCAUAGGUACGGUGAUCCAAGAUGUAAGAGAAUCAGUCACUAUCGAAACCGUAAUGUCUCAAAAACCAGUAGAAGAUGUUCCUUUAAUCGAAGAACUACCAGAGGAAAUCGAAGUAAUAGAGGCAGUAGCAGCAGAUGGCAAAAAGAAGAAGAAAAUAAUUAAGAAAAGAACUAUAAGAAAACGUAUUGGGGACACUCGAGAAGAUACGCAUAUUGUCACUAUCGAGGAAGAAGGAAAACUACCUCAAUCCACCGUAACUAUAGAAGAAAUUGAAGUACCAGAUACAAAAACUGAUGAAUUUUUGACACCAAGUGUUGAAGAGGUUCCUUACAUUGAAGAACUACCAGAAGAAAUAAUUGAGACGGAAGUAGACAGUUUGGAAGGACCCAAGAAGAAAACAUUCAAAAAACGAACACUGAAAAAACGUCGAGGAAGCAAAGUAGAAACGACGGAAAUAUUCACAGUUCAAGAAGAAGGCAAAGAACCGCAGACGUCUGUUACAAUUCAAGAUGUCACUGAAGAAGAAAGCAAGCUUACCGACGUCCUCCCCGAAAAACAGGAAAAAGCUGUAUUAAUUGAAGAAUUGCCAGAAGAAAUUAACAUAGAUGAGGUACAAAGCAGGUGGGGUCCCAAAAAACGAACCACUAAAAAGAGGAUAAUCAGAAAACGGGUCGGCGAUAAACAGGAAGAAACUCAAAUCGUCACGGUCGAAGAGGAAGGCAAAGAACCAUUGACAACGGUUACAAUUGACGAAAUCGAUUUACCUUCAGAUAAGGUACGCCCAUUGCAAAUAUUAAAACCGGGUGAGGAUGUUGCGAUAGAAGAAAUUCCAGAGCAGGUCAUUAUUACCACCGUUGAUACAUUAGAAGGGCCUAAGAAGAAAGUUAUCAAGAAGAAAGUGUUCAAGAAAAAGGUCGGGGAUAAGGAACAAGCUACGGAAAUACUAACCGUGGAAGAGGAAGGAAAACCGCCUGAAGUAUCAGUUGUAGUUAAAGAAACGGUCGAAGAAGAGAAGAAAGUAAAAAAAUUGAAAAAACCUAAAAAAGCCACAAGCGAACAAGUUCAAGUCACCGAAGAGGGAUAUUUAUUUGUACCAAGUUUAGCCCAAGAAAAAAUUAAAGCUGAAGGAGUGGAAGACAUGAUUCAAAUGGAAUUGUUAAAAACAGCACUGUCAAAACAAAUUCCAUCAUUCUUACCCGGAGAGGAUGAAGAUGAAGUUGUAGAAGAAACGGUAAGCAAAAGAAAAAUCAAGAAAAUUAUUAAAAAGAAAAAACCAAAGAUUGAAGAUCUCGAUAUUGAAUCGCCACUUAUCGCAGAAGAACUGCCGGAAGAAAUACAGGUAGUUGAGACAGUAAACAAAGAAGGUAUAGCGGAGAAAAAAAUAAUUAGAAAACGAGUCAUAAAGAAACAUAAAGGUGAUAUAGAUGAAAUCACAACAAUCAGUACGGUCGAAGAGGAAAAUAAAGUGCCCCAAAGCACCAUCACAAUUGAAGAAGUAGAAGCAGAGACAGAAAAACCAAGUGAAAUUGAUUUUGAUCAGGUAGUGAUUGUGGAAGAGAUACCUGAAAUGAUUGAAUUAGUGAAAGGUCCACUAGAGGAAUCUAGAAAAAGAAUUAUCAAAAAGAGGGUAAUCAAGAAACGGCGAGGAAGUAAACAAGAAAAUACGGAACUAAUUGUCGUUGAGGAAGGUGACCAAAUGCCUCAAUCUACAGUAACAAUUGAAGAAAUCGAAUUUCCAGAAGAAAUCGUGAAAAAACUUCCCGAUUCAGAAGAGCAAUAUGUAAUCAGUCAAGACCUGCCUGAACAGGUUCAAUUAUUUGAGAAUGAGCAGCAAAAGAAAACGGUUACGAAAAACGUCACAAAAACGCGCAAAGGAAGCAAACAAGAAACAAAGCAGGUAUUCACAAUUGAGGAAGAAGGUACUAAACCAAUUACAUCUACUAUUAUUGAAAAAGUUGACUUACCUGAGGAAUUUUUGGAGAAACUGACAAUUCCCUCUAUGGAAAAAGCAAAACCGGUGUUUGCUGAAGAUCUCGAUACUGCUGACAUUGUGGAAGUUUCUACCAAAGAACUGCAAAAGAAAAAGGUCAUUAAAAAGAAGAUUGUUAAAAAGGAAUCAACAGACCAAAGAAUUACUGAAGAAAGCCAAAAACCAAUUAUUGCGGAAGAACUACCGGAAGAAAUUCAUAUCAUACACGAAGAAGGAGGUCCGGAUAAAAUUGUCAAAAAAAGAGUGAUCCGCACAAGAAAAGGCAAUAAACAUGAAAUAACCCAAAUUUUCACUGUAGAAGAAGAAGGCAAAUCACCUAUAACAUCGGUUGUCAUCGAAGAAAUCGAAUAUCCAGAUGAGAUUCUCGAUAAAAUACCCGAAAUCCAACCUGAAAAGUCGGUGAUUAUUGAAGAAAUUCCCGAUCAAAUUGAAGUAAGAGUCGUUGAAACUAGCGAAGGUCCACAAGAAUUCAUUACCAGAAAGCGAGUUAUUAAAAGAAGAAAAGGAAGCAAACAAGAAACAACUGAAGUCGUGGUUGUUGAGGAAAAUGGCAAACCGUUGCAGUCAUCGGUCGUGAUUGAAGAAAUCGAUAUACCGGAAGAUAUUCUAGAUGCGCUGCCUGAACAUACAGAGCAACUGGAGCCAGUCAUCAUUGAGGAAUUGCCAGAGGAGGUGCAGGUUAUAGAUGCAAAGAAAACUAUUAAAAAGAAAGUAACUAAACGACGCAAAGGAAGCAAACAAGAAAUUACUGAACACCUGACCGUACUAGAGCAAGGCAAGAAACCCCAAACAUCUGUGGUCAUUGAGGAAAUUGAAAUACCGGAUGACGUGCUAGAAGAAUUAAAAGCACCUACAACAAUAACUAAAAAACCAAUUUUUGUAGAAGAUGUUACCGAUCAGAUAAUUGUUCAAGAAACCCAAACUGAAGAAGCACCUAAAAGAAAAGUAAUCAAAAAGAAAAUUGUGAAAAAACCGGAAGAGCUUCCACAAGAUGUAGUCUUGGCGCGAGAACUGCCUGAAGAAAUCACCGUACUAGACGAAGGAAGAAAAAUAGUUAAAAAGAGGGUAAUUAAAACAAAGAAGGGCGACAAGCGAGAAAUCACUAGUAUCCUUACAGUGGAAGAAGAAGGUAAGGAGCCCCAGACAUCUGUAUUAAUUGAAGAAUUAUCAAAGGAAGACAUACAAGACAUACCUGAGGAGUAUGUGACUAUCGAAGUAACUCCAGAAGAAACUCAUGUUAUAGAAGAGGACACCCCUGAAGGCAAAAGAAAAGUUACUCUUAGGAAGAAAGUUAUCAAGAAAAGGAAAGGAGACAAACAAGAAUCCACUGAGAUUGUUGUUAGGGAAGAAGAAGGCAAACUUCCUGAAACAAGUGUUGUAAUUGAAGAAGAGACCAGUCCAGACGAAUUUGUCGCUGAAUUAGAACCUAUAAUAAUUGAAGAAAUGCCAGAACAAGUUCAGGUACAAGAUACCAAAAUAGUUAAACGGAAAAUAACUAAGAAACGAAAGGGUAGUAAACAAGAAUCUACUUUGACGGUAACUGUUGAAGAGCAAGGCCAGGAGCCUCAAACAACUGUUGAAAUCUACGAAAUUGAAAUACCGGAUGAAGUCACGGAGAAAUUUACAUUACCCUCAGUCGAUUCCAAGAAGCCCUAUUUCAUAGAAGACAUUCCGGAAGAAACAGUUGAAAUAACCGAAACUCAAGUACAAGAAGGUCCGAAGAAAAAAGUAAUUAAGAAAAAAAUAACCAAGAAAGACAUACCUAAAGUUCGACCAGAAUCUCCAGAACUCAUUCCUGACAACGAAACGAUCCUUAUCACGGAACUUCCAGAAGAAAUUAAAAUUGUAACAGAUGAAAGUGGGCCAACAAAAAUUACGAAAAAACGUACUAUUAAAAAACAAAAAGAUGGCAAACAGGAAAUCACUCACAUUAUUACUGAAGAAGAAGUGGGAAAGAAACCUCAAACUACAGUUACAGUUGAAGUUAUUGAAGCUCCUGAAGAAAUACCUAAGGAAUAUCCUGCAUACAUCGAAGAACUGCCUGAGCAAAUCGAAGUUGAAGAAACCAAGAGUAGGUGGGGUCCAAAGAAGAAAACUACAAAGACACGAACAAUAAGGAAAGUUAAAGGUGACCUACAGGAAGAUACGCAUAUAGUCACAAUUGAGGAAGAAGGAAAAGAACCACAGACAUCAAUUAUUAUUGAAGAAAAAACUAUUCCGCUUGAUCUGGCAAUGCCCAAGUUUGAAAAACCAGAAGAAGCCAUUAUCGAAUUACCUGAAGAGAUCAAAGUCAUCGAAACUAUAACUCCUGAAGGUGUGAAACAAGAAAAGAUUAAAAGGCGUGUUAUCAGAAAGAAAAAGGGGCAAAAAGAAGAACAAACUGAAAUCAUUACUAUUGAGGAAGAGGGCAAAAAACCUAAAACCACUAUAUCUGUAACAGAAGAGGAGAUUCCUAUCGAUACGGUAAAAGAAUUGGUAGGACCUACUCCAAUGGAAGCUUCAAUGACUUAUAUCCACGAACUGCCGGAAGAAAUUGAAGAACAAGAAAUAAUCGAUGACAAAGGAAAACCAACUAAAAAAAUUACUCGAAAACGAGUAAUAAAAAAACCUAAAGGCGAUAAGCAAGAAAUUACCGAAAUAACUGUAACUGAAGAAGAAGGUAAACCAACACAGACAACUGUGACUGUUGAAGACGUUCCUUUAAUUGAAGAAAAAGUACCAAGAAAGAAAAUAAGUAAAAAGAAGGAAAUCGAUAAACCCAAAAAACUACGAAGAGAAGUAUCAGUAUUACUCCCUCUUGUAAUUAAAGAAGUGAAGUUCGAAAAAGUCAAAAUUGUUGAUGCAAAGGAUGUGCCACUUUUCGGCGAAGUCAAGCUAAGGAAACCAAAGAAGAUUUCGCAAAAGAAAGAUACAACAACUAAAGUUCAAAUUCCAAGGCUGAAAAGUAGAAUAAAUCAUAUAACGUUCCCACCCUUAACAGAAAUAGAACAACUACCUCGAAUUUCUAUUUUAGAACCCAUAUACCGGGACAAUGGAAUCUUAUCUCGUAACGUCAAGGAAGCCGAAAAAUUACCGAAGACGAAGCGACGUCGGUUAAGGGACAAGGAUGUUAUUGGGAAAAGUUUGGAAAAACUAGACCUGGAACUGGAAGAUCUUAAAAAGAAAGAGCUUGAAAAACUUGAUGAUGAAUAUAAAUUCGAAAAGAAACCACGCAAAAAACCGGCAAGCAAGGAAGAACUGCAACCCAUUAAACUUGGCAAGGGCUCCGUUGAACAACCGUCUGAAGAUGAUGAAACUGUCAAAUUAAAGAAGGUUCCACUGAAACCCCAGGAUAUUGAAGAACAAACUGAAUUGAAACCUGUGAAGAAACCUGACACAAUAAAAAAGAAAGACAAAAAGCGGCCAGAAAAGGACUCAGAAAAAAUUGUUUUUGAACCCUAUGACGUGGACUACGAACAACCCGAACUAGAUAAAUAUGAACCUACAAAACCUAAAGAAGAAGAAGAAGACAAAACAGUACCCAAAAAAGUUAAAGCCGUUCGAAAAAAUAAAGAUAAACAAGCACCUGAAACGGAACCAGCUAUUAUUGAACCGGGAGUUCCCAAAACAAUUGAAGGGGAAGAACAACCCGAAGUAACACUGAAGUAUGCUAGAAAGCCAAAACCAGAAGAAGAAUCUGAAGAAAUUAGGCUAAAGCCACAUAGAAAACUAGAUGAUGAUGAGGAGUUGAAAGUGGAAAUCGACCAGGUGAUGAAACAUGAUGCUAUAAUUACUUUCGAAGGCCCAGAUAUUGAACAAGACAUUAAAUUUGAUGAUGAUACUGAAAAGCCUCAAUCAAGAAAGGUAGUAAAGAAAAUAAAGAAAAAGGUUCAGAAAGGGCAAUCAGAUUUGGAAGAAAUAAUACCUCAAGAUGCCGAAGUUUUAACUGUGGAAGAAGAAGUUGUCGAGGACAUUCCCCAGCUCCAACAACCAUUAGAACUGAACGAAAUAGAAAUUCCAGAAAUAAUUCCAUCCGAAGAAGAUAAAUCUGCCAUAAAAAAGAAAAAGAAAACAGUAAUAAAAAGACGGCCUCGAAAAGAAGGUUCGGAAGAGAUAGCAGAACAGUCCGAAGAAUUUCCAGUUUCAGAAGAAGAGGAACUGCAAGUUGAAGAAAAAGAAGUUAAAAUAAUUAAAAAGAAGAUUCCUAAGACUAAACCUGAAGAAACACCAAGUCAAGCACCUGAAGAAAAGCUAGAAAAACCCAAAGAUAUUGAAGACCAGAAACCAGUUGAAACUCCGGAAAAGAAGAAACCCAAAAGAGUAAUUCCGAAGAAAGAAGAAGUGAAAGAAAAAAUUCCACGACUAAAAAGUAGAAUCGUACAUGUACCAUUUCCACCUGAAAACGAAUCAGAGCGAAUUCCGGAAAUAACUCAGCUCCCACCAGUAUAUCGAGACAACGGUAUUCUUUCGCGCAGUAUAAAAGAAGCCGAAAAGCUUCCUAAAAAGAAAAAGAUCAGGAUUAAGGAUUACGAAAGAGAUUUGAAGGACUUGGAAAAGCUUGAUUUAGAAGUUGAAGAUUUAAAAAAGAGAGAGUUGGAGUCACUCGAUAAAGAUUUAUUCGCAAAACCUAAAAAGACUAAAAAAUCCGAAAAACCUGCUGCGCCGAAAAAACUUGAAAUUGGAAAAGGUGAGAUACCAGACAAAAAUAAACCUGAUGAAGAAAUCGUUCUUAAGAAAGUCCCUGAUAAGUUAAUAAAAGAAGAUGAAGAAGAUGUAAAAAAGCCAAAAUCAAAGGAGAAAAAAGACAGACUUGUAGCUCCUAAAAAAGACGAAAGAAAUGUAGAGGGCACCCCAUUUGAACCUUACGAUAUUGAAAGAGAGUCCCCGGAUAAAGAAGUUCUUGAAUUGCCUGAACAUGAGGAAGAAGAGGAUAUUCCCAAGAGUAAAGAAACCGUUAAACUACCCAAACGGAAGAAGGUUAAACCUACCCCCGAAAGCAUUGAACAGGAAUUAAAACCAGGCAUUCCGAAGCCAAAAGAAGUAGAAGAAGCGCCUGAAAUUACUCUAAAGAAAAAGCAAAAACCAAAGCCUGUAGAGGGAGACCAUGAAGUAAAAUUGAAACCUCAUAAAAAAGAAGACGAUGAAACUCUUUUGACUGUCACUGGAGAAACAGUAAUGAAACAUGAUAGUAUUAUCACCUUCGAAGGACCAGAUAUUGACAUGGCAAUAGCUCCAGAUGAAACGGAAGAUAAAGCUAAAGGGAAGAAAAAGAUUAUUAAAAAAAUUAAGAAGUUGAAAGACAAACAACUAACGGCAGGUGAAGAAGAAGUGGUGUUAGAUCAGCCUGAAGAAAUGUCGGAAGAAAUUCCAAUGGAAGAAAUUUCUAUUCCGGAAGAAGCAGAAAUCGAAUCUGAAAACGAAAUACCUGAUGAGCAAGAACUUCCCGAGGAAGAAAAGCAAGCAGUCAAAACAAAGAAAAUUGUUAAAAAGCGGCCAAAGCAUAAAGAAGAAAUAGAAGAAACAGCCGAAAAACCAGAAGAAGUAGAAUUACCCUUGGAUGAUACUGAAAAGCCAUCGAAAAUUUUGAAAAAGAAAGCAAAAAUAGAAAAGCCGGAAGAGGCAAAAGAACAUGAAGCAAAACCAGACAAACCGGUAGAAGAUACACCAUCGGAAAUCGUUGAGAAGAAAAAACCAAAACGGGUUAUUCCAAAGAAAGAAGAAGCAAAAGACAAAAUACCAAGGCUCAAGAGCAGAAUUGUACAUGUACCUUUCCCACCACAAAGCGAGUCAGAGCGGGUUCCAAAUAUUACAGACCUUCCUCCUGUGUACCGUGACAAUGGUGUUUUAUCACGCAAUAUUGAAGAAGCUAAAAAGUUACCUAAAAAGAAAAAGAUCAAAAUUAAAGAUUAUGAAAGAGAUUUAAAAGACCUAGAAAAACUAGAUUUAGAGUUUGAAGAUUUGAAAAAGAAGGAGCUGGAAGUACCAGAUGACAUGACAUUGCCGAAAUCAAUUAAAAAGAAGCCUGAACAAGAAGAAAUUGUCUCUGUUGAUAUCAAAAUAGGCAAGGGAAAAUUACCACCAAGCGAGGAAGUACCAGAAGAAGUUACCCUUAAAAAGAGACCGGUAAAAACACCCAAAGAAAAACCAGAAGAAAAAGCCAAAGUUAAAAAGGCAGAUAUAGAAAAAAUUAAACCUAAAGAAAAUCAGCAGGAAAAAGAGGUCGACAGACCAGAAUUUGAACCUUUCGAUAUUCCUCGUGAAGAUAUUGAUUUGGACAAAUAUGAAGCUCCCGAGUAUCCCGAAGAAGAUAAAGAGAAACCAGACAAAGAUAAGCCCAAGUACAAGAAAAAGAAAAAGGAAACUCCAUUACCUGAAUUAGAAGAAAGUGCUUUGAUACCGGGUGUACCAAAGAAAGACCUAAAAGAAGAGGAAGAAAAUCUUGUAUUGAAAGCUCCAAGAAAGCCUAAGCCGGAGGAAGGUCCAGAGCCACUAAAACUUAAGCCUCAUAAAAAAGAUAAAGACGAUGAAGUAUUUAAAAUAGUAAUUGACAGUGUAAUGAAGCAUGACACCAUCGUUACAUCUGAAGGUCCAGACUUGGACAUCGAAAUUUCACCUGACAAUGAAGAGGAUAAAGAAAGGGGUAAGCGAAAGAAAGUAAUUAAAAAGAUCAAGCGUAAAGAAUCCACACCUAAAACUAUAGAGGAUAUUCAAGAGGACAAACCUUCUAUAACAGAAUUGUUAGAUGAAUAUAUUCCUAAAGAAGAAAUGGCGACAGAAGAAACUACGGAAGAAAUAGUUUUACCUAUACCGGAAGAGCCAGUUGUACUAGAUGAAAAUAUACCAGACGCAACUAAAAUUAAAAAGAAAACACUUAAGAAAAAGGUUAAGGAACAACCAGAUAAAGAAGUCCCGACAGAAACACCUGAAGUGGUGGAAAUUGAGGAAGAAGAGGAAAAUGAGGAUACUGAAACUGUUGUCAAGAAAGUCAAGAAAAAAGUUCCCAAAAUUAUUAUAAAGCCAGAUGAGGAAGAAUUUGUAAUUCAACGUCCUGAUAGUGAAGUUCCGGAGGAAGAAAUCCCUGAAGUUACAGCAACUGUAGCACAAAAACCAGGAGAAGACGAAAAGAAAAUCAAAGAACCCAAAAAACAAUCUGAAGAAUUGCCGGAAAUAAAGACCAAGAAACCCAGAAGGCCUAUACCAAAACCAGAAGAGACGAAGGAUAAAAUCCCGAGAUUAAAGAGCCGAAUCACACAUGUUCCAUUCCCACCUGAUAGUGAAACUGAAAGAAUUCCAAAGAUUGCAGAAUUAGAGCCAGUUGUAAGGGAUAAUGGCAUAAUAUCAAGAAAUAUCGAGGAAGCUCAAAAGAUCAAAAAACCAAAACGUCGAAAGCUGAAAGAUGUGGGUAAAGAGAUGACUAGCUUGGAAAAAUUAGAUCUGGAAUUUGAAGACCAGAAGAAAGAAUUAGAAACGGUUGAUGACGCAUUUAAAUACCAAAAGAAACCCAAAGAUAAGCCCGAGAAACCCGAAGAUAAAAAAGAAAUUAAAUUAGGGAAAGGAAAAAUUCCUGAGAAACCCGACGUGGACGACAAAGUGAAAUUAAAAACUAUUCCCCAAAAACCCGAUCAACCGGAGGAAGCAAGCCCUGAAGUUGCAGCACAAAAGAAAUCAGAGCCUAACAAAAUAAGUAGAAAGAAAGAUAAACCUGACGAGUCAUUAGCGCCUCUGGAACCUUUGGACUUUGAGACAGAUGAACCGGAAAGUUUGGAAUUUGAGAAACCCGAACUUCCAAAAGAUGAGCAAGAACAACCUGAGGAAGUAAAAUUAACAUACAAAAAGAAAAAGAAAACUAAGCCCGAACAGGAAAUUGAGGAAACCGUUUUAAAAAUUAGCCCUUCAGUUAAACGAGAUGAUGAAGUCCCCGAAGAAACCACCAAGCAGUACAAAAUUAAACCCAAGCCUGAGGAAGGCACUGAAGAUGUAAAACUGAAGCCUUUUUUGAAAGCCGAGGAGCAAGACGAGCAAUUAAGUAAACCUGAGGAUAAGAAAUCACCAGUAACACCCGUUACUGUCGAAGAUAAGAAGAAAAAGAAAGUUCCCAAAAGACAGGAAGAAAAGAAGCAAGAAGCGUUUGGGUUACGACUCAAGAGCAGAAUAGUUUACGUAGACUUUCCUCCACUUUCCGAAACGCAACAAAUUCCAGUAAUUACACCGCUAGAGCCAGUUGUUAAAGAUAACGGGAUUAUAUCCAGAAACAUUCAAGAAGCUGCUGCAAUAAAACCCAAAAAGAAGAAGGCAGUGCCCAAAGCAAAACUUGAUGACCUUGAUAAAUUAGAUCAAGAACUUGAAGAGCUUAAAAAGGGACGUGAACAUGUCGACGAUGAAUUCCGAAAACGGCCUAAAAAACCGAAGAAGGAAAAGCCAAUUCUAUUGCCUAUUAUUCGGGUUGAAGUAAAGCCCCAAAAAGCAAAAUUAAUAGAUCUAACUCCUGAAGUUGUAAAUUUGGCUGAAAUUAAACUAAAGAAAGUUCCGAAAAAACCUGAUGCUCCUGAACCAACGGAGUUGCGAAUGCCUAAGUUAAAACUGAAAAGCCGCAUCAAUUGGGUUGAUUUUCCACCUAUUGACGAAGUACUGCAAGUCCUUCAAAUUACGUUCAUCGGAUCUGUCAGAGACAAUGGAAUUAUCUCCCGAAGUAUCGAGGAAGCUGAAAAGCUGAAAAAGAAGAGGCCAAAGAAAUUCAAAGAUAUUCGAGAGGAAAAGCCCGAGCUUGAAAAACUCGACUUAGAGAUGGAAGAGCUCAAGAAGAAAAAGCCGGAACAAGUUGACGAAGCUUAUAAAUAUGAAAGAAAACCGAAGGAAACACCAACAGCGCAAGAAGAAGUAGCCGAACCUCUGCAAAUUAUAAAACGGAAAAAGCAACCUCCGCAAGAAGAAGAAGAUAACACUGUGGUAUUGAAAAAACGCCCGGUAAAGAAAGAAGAAGAAAUUCCGGAAGCAACUGUCACAAUUAAACCUGUAAUAAAAGAUGAAGCUGAAGUUACGGGAAAAGAACCCCGAGAAGGAGUGGAAGGACCUCCAUUCGAACCAUUUGAGUUCAAACAUGAGGAUACCGAACGCGACACCUAUGAACCACCAGAAUACGAAGAACCGCAAAAGAAAAAGGUAAUUAAGAAAAAACCGAAAGCGAAAGCCGAAAAACCAGAAGGGCCCACACCAGAAGCAAUAGAGACUAUUUUAGAAAAAGGCAUUCCAAAACCAGUUGACCAGGAAACGGAAAAUGAAGUGGUAUUAAAAACACCUAGAAAACCAAAGCCCGAAGAACAACCAGAGGAGUUUAAGCUUAAGCCUAUUAAGAAACCCGAAGAAGAUGAAGAUCUUGAAACGGUAACGUUUACGAAACCAGCAGCACCCAAAGAGGCCAAAGAAAUUCUUCCACGGCCAGAUGAUGAGCUGGACUUUGUUCCUACUAUAGACGAUGAUAUUAAGAAGAAAAAGAAAAAGACUAAACCUAAGAAGGAAGUUCUAGAUGCAGAGCCCGUAUCUGAAAUUAAGGAAACUGUACCCGAUGAACGACCUCAGGACGUGGCGGAUAUUGAAGUAACUCUUAAAUCAAAACCGAAAGUAAUACCAGAACAAAAGGAAGAAGAACCUGACACCGUUAAAGUUAUAUUAAAGAAACCGGAACCAACACCGGAAGAUGAAGUUGAAGCUGAAACAGUGUUUGUAAAGAAACCUAGCAAACCUGAAGACGCCGGUGAGGCAGAGAUUCAAAUUACAAUUAAACCUGAAGAUAAAAUUGAAGAAAUAAUUGAAGAAAAAGUUGUCAUUAAAAAGAAAAAAGGAAAAAUUCCCAAACCAAAAGAUGAAGAAGUUGAAAUUAAAAUAGAAAAGGCAGAACCUAUUCCAGACGAAAAACCGGAAACUUUUACAUCUGAGGAAAAGCCUCAGGAAAUUCCGGUGCAAACUGAAAACGAUGGCGUUACAAUAGAAGAACUAAAACCUGAAGACGUGCCUGAAGAACCACAAACAACUUCUUAUGUGCCAUCGGAAGUGCCUAUUAUUGAAGAACCAAGAGAAGAAGAAGAGAUUGUACAGAAACCGCCAGUUGAGGAACAAAUUGAAGAAAUUAAAGAAGAAAUUGUCAUAAAGAAAAAAUCAAAGAAACCUAAAGACAAAAGUCCUAGCGAAAUUGAGCCCGAAAUUAAAGAACCCCAACAGACUGAAGUUGAAAUUGCAACUAUCACACUCAAGAAAAAGCCCAUUCUAGAGGUACUUGAGGAAGAAAUAGACGCUGAAAUCAUUAUACCAAAGCCCAUCGAAAAGGAAACUGAAGAGGUUAAACAAGAAGUAGUAAUUAAAGUACCCGAACAGCCGAAGACAUCCGAAGAACCCCUUGAUACUUCAGCAGAAUUUACGGUAGUCCAAGAAGCUCCCGAUCAAGCACCAACCGAAGAGACAGAAACUAAAGUUGUUGUUGAUAAGAAGAAGAAACCAAAAACUCGGAAACCCGAUCAACCUGAUGAGGUUGAAGCUAAGGUGACACUCGAGAAGCCAACCAAAGAUGUAACGGAAGAAUCUAUUAAGCUACCUGUAUCAAAAGACAUACCAACUGAAGAAGCAGAAGACGAGGUGUCGAUUAAAAAGCAUAUUCCUGUUGAAGAUAGAGAUGUCGAAAGUCCGAAAGAAGAAGUAACUAUAUCCCUAAAGAAACGUAAGAAGCCUGCCCAGCAGCCUGAAAGUGAGCAAUCCGAAGCCGAAAUUACUAUAAAGAAAACUACUAAACCUGAUGAACAAACUUUGACUAGUCCAGCUGAAGAAGAAGUGAAAUUUACAAUUCCAAAAGCACCGAAAAUAUCGGAGGAAAGUGCUGAUGCAGAAGUAUCCUUGAAGCAGUAUAUUCCUGACGAACCUCUUGAGGAAGAAUCCGAAGAGCACAAGGAUGAACCAAAACCGACGCAAACUGAAGUAACUGAAUCUGAAGUCACUAUUAAGAAGCGUGCUCCCAAAAAGAAAAAGGAGCUGCCCACAGAUGUUUCUGUUAAACCCAAACCAACAGAAGAAGAUGUUGAAGCGGACGUAAAGUUAAUGCCAAAAGAAACUAAAGAACCAGAUAAAGGCGAAGACGAAGUUACAAUUAAGAAACAUGUGCCUGUUGAAGAUGAAGAAUCCGAAAAGAUUGACAGUAAACCAACAACCAAAGCGGACGAGGAGAAACAUGUUGACAAGGAAAAAGAAGAGCAAAAACCGCCUAAAACUGAAGAAAGUGAAACUGAAGUUACCAUUAAGAAACCUAUUCCCAAAAAGAAAAAGGAACAGUCUCCAGAAAUGGCUCUACCACCCAAACCCAAGGAAGAGGAUGUUGAAGCGGAAGUAAAGCUACCGCCAAAAGAAGCUAAGGUGCCAGAUGAAGGAGAGGACCAAGUCACAAUUAAGAAACAUGUUCCUGUCGCAGAAGAUGACGAAUCGGAUAAACCUACAACUCAACUUACAACAGAAACAGAAGUGGAGGAAGACCUUAAACUGGUCCCGAAAAAAGGCAUAUCGUUGGACGAAGGUAACGAUGCAGUGACCAUUAAAAAACAUGUUCCGGUAGAAGACGAUGAAACCCCUACUGAAUUCACGAUAAAACCAACACCGCAGACUGAAAAUGUAGAAGCGGAAUUAAAAGUUGAGUUGCCAUCAGAAAAGAUUCCCGAAGAAGGCAAAGAUGAGGUGACAGUUAAAAAACAUGUACCGGUAGAAAUUGAGGAAAUCUCAGAAGAAACUAUUGUCAAACCGACUCCAAAGGCCAAAGAAGUAGAAGAGAACCUUAAAAUAACUCCUAAAAAAGACAAGUUGCCAGAAGAAGGUGAAGACGACAUUACCAUAAAGAAAUUCGUCCCAUCACCUGAGGAUGAUGAAACUGAAGAUGAAACCAUACUUACAAUACCAAAACCUAAAGACGAACAAGAAACUGAGGUAGUCAUAAAGAAAUCAAAGAAACAUCCUAAAAAAGUUGUAGAGGGAGAAGAUGAAGUGAAAAUUAAGAAACAUGUUCCUGUGUCGCCUGAAGAAGAAGACACCGUAACCAUUAAAAAACCCACUGAAGAUGAAGUUGAUGAAACUUUCAAGACAAAGAAACCAAUUAAAAUACCAAACGAAGAAGAGGAAGACGAAGUAUCUAUUAAAAAGUAUGUGCCAAUCGAAGAAGAUGAAGCAGAGGUAUUUAGGAAAAAGCCUGCAAAACCAGAAGAGACUCCAGAGGAAGUAGAAACUCAAGUAACCAUUAAAAAGCCCACUAAAGAUGAAGUUGAUGAGACCUUUAAGACAAAGAAACCAACUAGAGUCCCAACUGAAGAAGAGGAAGACGAAUUAUCAAUUAAAAAGUACAUACCGGUCGAAGAAGAUGAAACAGAGGUGUUCAUUAAAAAACCCACAAAACCGGAAGAAGCGCCAGAAGAAGUAGAAACUCAAGUGACAAUUAAAAGAGAUAAGUCUCCAGUGCAAGAAGAAGCCGAAGUCAAGAUCACGAAAAAGACCAAAUCAAAGAAACCACCAGUUGAAGAAGCAGCUGAUGAACUCACUGUACAAAAACUUAAGCCUGUACGAAAACCUUCUCUUCCGCAAGAAGAGGAAAAAGAGGAAGAUAUUCCGUCUGUCACGUUUAAACCAAGAGUAUCAAAAACCAAAGAAGACGUAGAACAAGAGUUUCGCAUUUCAUUGGACUCAUAUGCAGAAGAGGAAAUUAAUCUGUCGUCCAAAAUUAAACUUAAAAAACCGAAGAGACAACCUACAUUUGGAGAGGAGGCCGCUGAGGAGUCAUUGAAAAUCAUUGAAGAAGUUGAAAGUGAAGGGCCUGCCAUUGAAGAGAUUAUUGAUGAAGGCAGCGAUGCUGAAGAGCUUCCGUUAGACGACGAUGAGGUUUCUGAAAGUUUCCAUGUGGCAUUUAAAAGAAAGCCGUCCCGAAAAUAUUCGGUGGUGCAUGAAGAUGAAGAAGAUGUCAGCCUAAGUAUCAAGAAACCACACAAACAAGAGGACUAUGAAGCAGCGGAGAUUGACAUUAAAAUCAAACCCAAACGGCGAGAUUCAGUAUCCUUGUCAGAAGACGUAUCCCUUAGUAUUACCAAAGAAAAGGAAGUGGAAAAGAUAACCAUUAUCCACGAAGAAGAAGUUCAAAAAGGUGACGUGUAUUAUUCAGUUACAUUCUAUGAUGCAGAAGCUGACCAAGCCUGCGACCUUGUGGAAGGCGAAAGAGUUUAUGUCGUAGAAACCCAAGGUGAAUGGUGGUUCGUAAAGAAGCACCUGAGUGAAGAUAGUGGAUGGGUGCCCGCAAAUAUUCUCAUGGACGAACCCCAAUAUAUCCAAUUCGUCCAAAGGAAAUUAAAUGAGAAAAUUGAUAAAUUACCAGUACUAGAGAAACCAAAAUCAUCUGAACAACCUCGAGCGCCAAAGUUCUUAGAAAAGCUAAAACCCAUAACAACGCACGAUGGCUUUUCUGUAGUUUUCCAGUGUAAGGUCGAAGGAUAUCCGCGCCCUCAAAUAACGUGGUUCCGACAGACCCAUAUAAUAAAAGAAUCAAUCGAUUUCCAGAUAUAUUACACUGAAGAAAACGUUGCUACUUUAGUAAUCAGCGAAGUAUUCCCAGAAGAUGCUGGUACUUUUACGUGUGUUGCUAAGAAUUCAGCUGGAUUUGCAUCGAGCACAGCUGAAUUAACUGUUGAAGGUCCUUUAUCGUCACAUGGCUCUGACAGAACUCACUCGAUUUCUCGAAAGAGCCUGUCGAGGACAUCAUCAUUAGCAGAUAUCCUAGAAGGAAUGCCACCAGUAUUUGCCAAAAAACCUAAAACGCAAUCUGUGCCUGAGGAGACUGACGUGACCAUUGACGCUGUCUUGGCGGCUAUUCCGGAACCCGAUAUUAAGUGGUACCGCAAUGGUAAAAAGGUAACCACCAAAGAGAAUAUAACUAUUUCCACGACAUCGGAGAACUACAUCUAUACUACAACCAUUAAAAUUACAAAAAUAAAGAAGAAACAGGAAGGUCGUUACAAGAUUGUCGCUAAGAACAGUGAAGGACACGCUACAGCAGAAUUCACAUUGAGAGUACGCACGUCCGAAAAAGAAGCACCGGAAAUAGUCGAACCGCUUCAGUCAACUACAAUAAGAAAGGGAGAAACUGCUACAUUGACAACAACAAUAGUAGGCAAUCCUGAACCUGCAAUUCAAUGGUUUAAAAAUGAUAAACCUCUAGAAGCACUAUCCCCUAGGAGAAACGGCGAUACUUACACAGUAAUUAUUAAAGAUGCAACAACAAGUGAUACAGGAGAAUAUACAGUUAAAGCCAAUAAUUCCUUAGGGUCGGCCAUAACUAGCGCAUUCCUCACCGUACAAGAAUUUCCAGAUAAUGCGGAACCACCUCUGUUCGUCAAACGUUUCGAAGAGCAAAACAUUCCCGAGAAAACUCCAUUAAUCUUAAGAGCUAAAGUUACAGGCAACCCCAUUCCAGAAGUCACAUGGUUGCUGAACAAUCAGCCUCUUGAAUCAUCUGAAAGAGUCAGAAUCCUUUACGACCUAGAAAACAUUGAGCUUACUAUAAAAGAAACCAAUUCCGAGCUCGAUUCUGGCAUCUAUAAGUGCGUAGCUACUAAUUCAAUGGGCCGAGCUUCUCAUGGAGCCCCCGUAAACGUUGAAGUUGAUACCGUCAAAUUCACCAAAAAAUUGCAGAAAUCAUACAAAAACUUUGAAAGAGAAACGAUCGAGCUUGAAUGCGAAACAUCUCACUCCGUCCGCACCAAAUGGUGGUACAACGGUACUGAAAUCAGUGGAAUGGACCAUAGAGUUGUCAUUCACGAUGGACGAACGCACAAGCUUAUUAUUAAGAAUGUCUCUAAGAAUGACGAAGGUAACUAUAAGUGCACUGUUAAGAAUCAAAAGACUGAAACCAUAGUUGAGGUGGAUCAACGAAAAUUAGAAUUCGUGAAGAAACUGCAAGACCUGGAAAUUACUGAGAAAGAUAAUGCCAUUUUGGAAGUUGAGAUUACUUCUGACACUGCUGAUGUCGUUUGGCUGAAGGACGGCGUCCCCAUUACAGACAUUGAUGACAAGUUCGAGACUGAAAAGGACCGAGGUGUCCGCAAAUUACUCAUACGCUCUACUUCUAUUCAUGACGAGGGAGAGUAUUCCUGCCAACUUGUUGAUGAGGAGUGCAAAGCUGAUGUCACCGUAAUCGAAUUGCCACCCGAAAUAAUUACUCCUUUGCAAGAUAAAACGGUCACUAAGGGUGAAAAGGCUGUAUUUGAGAUUGAACUCUCUAAAGGAGACGCCUUGGCCAAAUGGUACAAAGAUGGCAAAGAGAUUCAGUUCUCUGAACACAUCCAACUGGCCAUCGAUGGCAAAACCCAAAAACUUAAGAUCUACAAGAGCGAUCGCGAUGACCAAGGAACCUACACUUGCAAAGUUGGCAAGCAAUCAUCAAGUGCUACUUUAACAGUCAAUAUUCCUUCGUGUGAAUGGAUCAAGCCAUUGCCAGAAGAAACGGUGGUUCCUAUUAACACUGAUGCCGAGUUUGAAGUCGAACUAUCGAAAGAAGAUGCAGAAGUAACUUGGUGGAAAAAGGACACUAAAAUUGAAAGCAGUUCACGAUAUACCAUUACCAAAAGCAAAACUUAUAGAAAACUGGUGGUCCAUCAAGUUACGAUGGAAGACCAAUACGAAUACACGUGCACUGUAGAAAAGUACAGCCUGAAAACAUCAUCAAAGCUCAAAGUUGGAGAUAGGCCUAGUCCACCUAGAGGACCUUUGGAGGUAUCAGGAAUGACUGCUCAGUCCUUCACAAUUCAGUGGCAACCGCCAGAGAAUGAUGGCAAUUCAGAAAUUUUGGAAUAUAUUAUUGAAAGCAAAGACAUGAAGUUAAAGAGGGACUUUAAAAAGAUCGGAGCCACUAAGGGUUCGAUUACCGAUUUUGCAGUGAGCGAACUAAAGAAGGAUCACGGAUACAAAUUCAAGAUCUACGCCCGCAAUGCAGUGGGUAUCAGCGAUCCCUACUGUCCUGAUGAAACCGUGAUUGCUGGCUCUAGAAUAAGAAUUGAGUAUCACUUUGCUAAAACGGACGAGACUAUGUAUUGCUUGCUUGGCAUAUUCCCACCUGCUAAAGCUAUACACAAAACACCACCAUCUCCUCCUCUGAACCUCAAGAUCAAGGACCUCACCAGUCGCAGCGCUACUCUUACUUGGGAACCUCCAGAAAACGACGGCGGAAGCGAAAUUACUGGAUAUGUAAUUGAAAAGAAGCUAGAGUUUAUGCCGAAAUGGGAGAAAGUGUACACGUUGGAAGCUUUCACCCUGGAAUACACUUUGGAAAAUCUAAAGGAAAAAAGCGACUAUAUUUUCAGAGUAUAUGCAGAAAAUGCUAUAGGUCUAAGUGCUCCUGCACAAACAGAUGUUGUACAAAUGAGAUCUUUGGCCACUGUACCAUCACCACCCACUCCUCCACUAGAAAUUCGCACCAUUGGACCCAACGCUAUUGUUGUGGAAUGGGGAAUACCCGAAUCUGAUGGUGGCGCUCCAUUACUUGGAUACAAUAUUGCCAUUAAAGAUACUAAGAAGACCAUGUGGAUGGAAAUCGGCAAAACUCCGAAGGGUGUACAGAAAUUCACUAUCAGGGACCUUCAAGAAGACCACGAAUAUUUGAUUCGAAUUUUCGCCAGAAAUGAAAUCGGUUUAAGUGGACCUCUGGAAUCAGAUGAACCUUUCAAAGUAUUACCUUCUGGUGACGCUGAUCAAGAUGAUUUCCGUGAAGUUACCUCCGAAAGAGAGCCAACUUCUAGAAGUUCAGAGACGACCACAUCUUGGCUUCGAGAAAAUAGCAUGGAUGCUGAUAUUAAAUCGUAUGCCAAAGGCAAAUUAUUAAGAAAGGAUGAGUAUUUCUUCAGAAUUUGGUGCUACGCCACCAAAUUGUUUAAAUAAGACUAAAAAUGAACUAAUAAUACGAAUGGAUGUAGAAAGUAAAAUGUUUGAGUGUGUACAUCUGAGUGAAUUUAUUUGUCGUUAUAAAAUCUAGUUUAUAAUACAAUUCCCGAUAUUUAUACACAAUUUUUGUGAGUCAUAUCUAUAUAUUUUUUCUUGAUAUUGACUUCUACAUGUUUUAUCCAAUAAUUAGCAUGCGUUAUAUAUUUAGCAUGAUUAACACAUAUAUGAGUUGUAAAUUGAAUAUGUCCGACAAAACGGCCGAAUGUUAAAAUUAUGCUUUCAUAGGCAAAAUGCGAGUUGUGAGCGAACAAAACUUAGUAUUUCUUAAAAUAGCAUAACUUUAACACCAGGCCUAAAAUCUUAGAGACACUGUGAUAACGAUAAUGAGAAAAACAGCGAGUUUUGUGCCUCGCUCUAAUAUGCCAAUUUAUAGAUAAUUUUAAGAAAAUAACGAAUAUUUAAACGACUAUUAUGUAGAAAAUGUUUAAUUCAGCCAGAUACCAGGUUUGAGAUAUUGUUAGUUUUAUUAUUUAUUUCUCCAGUUCUAUUUGUUUAUUUUUUAUUGUUCAUAAUAGAAAUCGAUAUGUUUUCUUGAACUUGGCAAGAGCAUCAACAUCAGAGAGACUAAAUAUAGGUGCAUAUUAUUAAUUAGACUCGAAGUUUUUGCUAUGUUCAAGAAAACGCUGUUGCUUUAUUAUUUUGAGUUAUCUUAAUAAAUUUUUAAAUUCAACGAUU